GCCAUGGUAACACCGCAGUUUCCUCCCUCCCCCCUCCCUCCCUCCAAAAAGAGAAUUGGUAGCUCUCGCGGUAUCUGCCCUGCCAGCCCCGGACCCCGGCCGCACAAAGGGACCGGACACUGUGAGACCAGCCUGGGGUAGGUGGUACCAUCUCACAUACCUAAUAGACAACCUCCCUAUACCGCGCACCUACUGUAAUAACAGCCAACCUCCCUAUACCGCGCACCUACUGUAAUAACAGCCAACCUCCCUAUACCGCGCACCUACUGUAAUAACAGCCAACCUCCCUAUACCGCGCACCUACUGUAAUAACAGCCAACCUCCCUAUACCGCGCACCUACUGAAAAAACAGACAACCUCCCUAUACCGCGCACCUACUGUAAUAACAGCCAACCUCCCUAUACCGCGCACCUACUGUAAUAACAGCCAACCUCCCUAUACCGCGCACCUACUGUAAUAACAGCCAACCUCCCUAUACCGCGCACCUACUGUAAUAACAGCCCCCUCACUACCACUGCCCUGCUCCCCAGAUCACUACCCUGCUCCCCAAAUGACUACCACUGCCCUGCUCCCAAAUUAUUACCACUGCCCUGAUCCCCAGAUCACUACCCUGCUCACCAAAUUACUACCACUGCCCUGAUCCCCAGAUCACUACCACUGCCCUCCCCAAAUUACUACCACUGCCCUGCUCCCCAGAUCACUACCCUGCUCCCCAAAUCACUACCACUGCCCUGCUCCCCAGAUCACUACCCUGCUCCCCAAAUUACUACCACUGCCCUGAUCCCCAGAUCACUACCCUGCUCCCCAAAUUACUACCACUGCCCUGAUCCCCAGAUCACUACCCUGCUCCCCAAAUUACUACCACUGCCCUGCUCCCCAGAUCACUACCCUGCUCCCCAAAUCACUACCACUGCCCUGCUCCCCAAAUCACUACCCUGCUCCCCAAAUUACUACCACUGCCCUGCUCCCCAGAUCACUACCACUGCCCUGCUCCCCAGAUCACUACCCUGCUCCCCAAAUCACUACCACUGCCCUGCUCCCCAAAUCACUACCCUGCUCCCCACAUUACUACCACUGCCCUGCUCCCCAGAUCACUACCACUGCCCUGCUCCCCAGAUCACUACCCUGCUCCCCAAAUCACUACCACUGCCCUGCUCCCCAAAUCACUACCCUGCUCCCCACAUUACUACCACUGCCCUGCUCCCCAGAUCACUACCACUGCCCUGCUCCCCAGAUCACUACCCUGCUCCCCAAAUCACUACCACUGCCCUGCUCCCCAAAUCACUACCCUGCUCCCCACAUUACUACCACUGCCCUGCUCCCCAGAUCACUACCACUGCCCUGCUCCCCAGAUCACUACCCUGCUCCCCAAAUCACUACCACUGCCCUGCUCCCCAAAUUACUACCAUUGCUCUGAUCCUGAAUUUACUAUCACUACGCUGAUCCCCAAUAUAAUGCUGCCUGAGCAUCAUGGGUACCUUAGGCCACUGUAGCUGUAGUGCCACUGAUUAGCCAUCAUGGCUAGGCUGCCUCCAAGGGUAUCAAUACUACCUGUCGACAGACACUGGAGGAGAUAUAUCAAAGUGUUCUGAUCUAAAAAGUGGUGGAAAAAUAUAAAAAUUGGGGAUCUUUUAAAUCUAUGCAAUAUGCCUACUGGUUCCACUGGUAUCCAUGACAAUUGCUUCACUUUUAGUACAUUACACCAAUAUUUAGUGCAGAAUACAUGGAUUGCCAUUAAUUUACUUCAAACUGCUUGUAAACAAUGCAUGUUCUUUUAGGUCUUUUGCUCCCAGUGAACGCAUUGGUACAGGAUACAGCAACAAGUUUAAAAAAACGUGAUGUUACUGAUUGCAGAGUACCUUGCCAAGAGCAGAUGAAAAAUAACAGAUGAAAUUAGUAUCUUUUAAACUUUUUUUUAUUGGCUGAUCAGAAUUUUGGAACUACAAGCUUUUGAGAGAUACUCGCCUUUUCAGUUCUAAAAGGGGAGGUUCUUCUGAAAUCUUGUUGUUCCAAAAUUUUGUUAGUCCAAUAAAAAAUUUAUUACAAGACACUAAUUUAAUGUUUGUUUGUUUUUCUGCAUCAUUAAACUAAUACAGCUAAAAUUUCUACUCCUAAGUCAAACGCAUCAUAUUUCAGAAACUGCCAAUAUGUGUGUGUAUGUAUACAUUAUCUUUACUUUGAGAGUGAAGCCAAUUAAAGUGCAGCCUGUUACACAAGUGAUUCACUAAACAGUGAGUUCACAACUCCCUGGUUUGCGUAUUUUAGGCUAAAAUAGUCUACAUGGAAAUAUAGAGUUGGAGAAUUUUUAAAAUUUGACUAUUUUGGCAUCAGUUCUCUGCAAUUCUUGGUUUAGCAAAUACGCCUGCAUGGUUUAUUCACAAAAUUCUUGAAUUUUAGGUAAUUAAAAAUUCAAAUAGCAAAAUUGAGGUUAAAAUCAUCAAGCUUUGACAGUAGCUGAGCUGUAGAAUUUUUUGAAAUAAAUAAUUUUAGCCUCAACUUUGCCAUCCCAAUUAAGUGAAUAAGACAGCCUGUAUAACUUGCAAAAUGAAAGGAAAAAUUAAAGGGAACCAACAAUAAUUUUGUUUUUGGGAUUAUAGGUUCCCUUCUAUUGAUGUGAUCGCUAUCCUCCCCCCCCUUUUGUCUGUGAAAGCGAAGUCUAAAUAAUAUUACUUACCCCAUUUCCAGCCCUGAGACUCCUCCACUGAAGCCUUCAGCUCCAUGUCUGUUGACAUCACAGCUUAUCUGCUGACAUCACCCACGAUCUUGACUAAUCAAAUGCUUCUCAUCCCCAUGCUUCUAAUUGAGAAGCAAGGGGAUGAGAAUUUAUGCAAUAAAAAAAACUAUCAGCAGCAUUUGAUUUAAGAACCAGGUUUUACUUGUUUAUGGAAACUGAAACGCCUCUAGUGGCUGUCAGAAAGAUAGCCAUUUCAGGCGUACUUAACCCAUUAAUGUAAACGGCAAGGUUUUACAUGAAAGAGUUAAAAUUACAGGACCUCUGCAACCAGAUCACGUCAUUGAGAUGAAGUUGUCUGGGUGACUUUAGUAAAAUAAAAUUAGGGUGGAUUGUUUUAUUCCAGGAUUCUCUCCAAUAUAUAUAUUUAAUAUUUAAAUAUAUAUUAAAGCAUUUAAUAUAUAAGGAGCUUUGUUGCCCCAUCAACUUUUGAAUGCAAGAAAGAAUGGGAAAUGUGUAAAUUAGUCUGGAAUUAAAGUGGUUGCAAGGUAGUGUUCUGUAAAAACUGUUUUAAAUUCAUGCAAACACGUGUAAUUUAUUCUGUUAUUAAUGGUGCAAAUUGUUUAAGAUAAUCAGUUGCAAUCUUUUGUAAAGUGAUCAAAGCAAGCCUUGGUUUAGUUGUUAAGCUGAAUUGUUGACCAAUUAACUAGAAGGAAGUGUUUGUGAUAGCAUUGGUGGUAAAAUGACAAAUAAAGAUGGCAACACGCUCCAACUGUUUAACCCCUUAAGGACCAAACUUCUGAAAUAAAAGGGAAUCAUGACAUGUCACACAUGUCGUGUGUCCUUAAGGGGUUAAAGGAAGUCCUCCAUUUUUAUGUAGAAUAGGAAUGUGUCCCAGCAAUUCAGUGAAGCAUGCUAUGACACAAUCUCCCCCAUGCCCAUGAGUUCACUGAUGAAUUUUGCAGGAAAUAUAGGUGUUCAUUGCCCCUUUCAAGAGCUUUGCUGUAGUGACAAACCCUAUUACAGUUCAUGACACUUCAAUACCUCUUUAUUCUUUGAUUUACAUGCAUUGCUAGAAGUAUUUUUUUAUUUUUUUUAACCCUUGACUGCUCAAGUGUCACAAAUCGGGUUAAUUAACAUGUGAUAAGUGUUACUAAAUAAAACGGCAGCUUGCAAUCCUACACAUCACAUGUCUGAUUCCAUUGGAUAAUGUCCAUUAUAUACAUGUAAUUAUGGCUGUCAUGUAUUUUGGCGAAUAAUUUUGCUCUUUAUUUGAGUUAAUACUUGUUAAUUCUUUCUAGGUAUACACCCUAAGCUUGUAAGUUAAAAUAAUGGCAACUCCAACAGCAGUGAACCCAACUGGUGAGUGUAAACGCUCCUCCGAUCACAACACGCUUUAUUGUUUUCUAAUAUUUAAUUUUUGCAAUGGAUGCAAUCAAGUGUAACAAUUGCCAUUUUUAAUGUUAUCAUUUGUUCCCAAGUCUAAAAUGUUGUGCUGCACAGUAGAAUUAGAGAAAUUAUAUAAUUGUGUGCAGUAUUGAAAAUGUGCAUUUGUAGAAAGUUCUCUGAAAGGGACACUGUCACUAUAACCAUUUCAUCUUGUUGAAUUAUUUAUAGUGCCUGGAGUACCUUGGAACUGUCUCUCCAUUCAUUCUUAAACCAUUUUCGAGCAGUUUAACACUAAACAAAUAUCCCUGGCUUUCCACAGCCUGGUCCCUACUAGAGGUGUGGCUAAGGCAGAGAUUGUACACUUCCUUGUAUUCAUAUCUAUUCAUACUGUUAACCAAACAGCCAAUACUGUCUGAAAAGUCUUUUCCAAUGAUCAGAGGUCGGAAUAGUGGAAGUAUAGGAUCACAACUUUAUUGCAAUAGAGGAGAAGCAAUCAAAACUGUUUCUGAGAGCAUACACAUUAAGAUCUUGAAUAUAUACAUGAUAUCAGUGAAUGAGAAUAAAAAAAAAAGUAGAAAGUAACAGUGUUUUACAGUAAUGAUACUGCUAAGCAAUUAUACUGCUAAGCAUACCCUUUUGCCUAUUAACCCUUCUAUUACCAGACAGCAAGCUUAUCCAAUAUAUUAUCACAAACUUACAGGUGGCUGGCGCCCAUGCCGCUCCUCUCUUCUGGCGACGCGGGCAGAACGCUCCACGAGGCUAUGCGGCCUGAAUAGGUGUAUAAUAGGAAUAAAUUAUGUUUAUUUUAUUAGGAGCUGCAGUUUAGCCCACAAACCAGCAUAGGGAGCAGUUCGCGGACCAAACUGCAGCUCCUAAUAAAAAAUAAAUUAUUGCCAUGAAGUCACACACUUAUAGUGACCGCGUCAUCUAGAUGACCCUAUGCUGUUUGGGGUUGCAGAAAUGACGUGGACCGAUUGGAACUCUUUUGAAUCUGUUUAAGGUCUGUUCUAGCCCUUGUGCUAAUAGUCUCUCUUGUUAUAUUCCUGAUAUCGACCUCGGCUCGUAUUUGACUUUUGAUUUCUGGUAUCCUGACUCUGCUUCGUAUUUGACUUGUGAAUUUCUGGUAUCCUGACUUGGCUUCAUAUUUGACUCGUGAAUUUCUGGUAUCCUGACUCGGCUUCGUAUUUGACUCGUGAAUUUCUGGUAUCCUGACUUGGCUUCAUAUUUGACUCGUGAAUUUCUGGUAUCCUGACUCGGCUUUGUAUUUGACUUGUGAAUUUCUGGUAUCUUGACUCGGCUUUGUAUUUGACUUGUGAAUUUCUGGUAUCCUGACUCGGCUUUGUAUUUGACUCGUGAAUUUCUGGUAUCCUGACUCGGCUUUGUAUUUGACUCGUGAAUUUCUGGUAUCUUGACUCGGCUUUGUAUUUGACUCGUGAAUUUCUGGUAUCUUGACUCUGCUUUGUAUUUGACUCGUGAAUUUCUGGUAUCCUGACUCUGCUUCGUAUUUGACUCGUGACUUUCUGGUAUCCUUACUUGGCUUUGUAUUUGACUGGUGAAUUUCUGGUAUCUUGACUUGGCUUUGUAUUUGAUUUGUGAAUUUCUGGUUUUCUGACUAGGCUUCGUAUUUGACUCGUGAAUUUCUGGUAUCCUGACUUGGCUUCGUAUUUGACUUGUGAUUUUCUGGUAUCCUGACCCGGCUUUGUACAUACUAUGUGUAUUUCUGUAUUAAGGAACCUGGAUUACCCUGACCUUGUUUUUCUCGCUAUAUUAAUACGUUAAGUCUGGCCACUCUAAGGCUCGGUAAUACGCCUUUCGUAUCCACCUUUUGUGGGUUUCCACUCUUUCUGCAUGUUGGGUUAUGACUCCCGGGACAUUUAUCAACUGCAUUAUACUGGUUUGCAUUUUAGUCUUAAAUAACUAUAUAUAUGUGAAAAACCCCUGCACUCCAACCAAAAAAUCCAAAAUACCUGGUGCUCUGGUUGCUGGAACAUAAAUGAGGAAAGAUACCGGCACUCCAAGGAUUUAUCAUUCAAAAGUUCUUCUUUUAUUUAAGAAAAAAUCGACGUUUCAGCUCCCCUAAGGAGCUUUCAUCAGGACACAAAACAUCAUAAAACUGAUAUCAGCUUAUAUAGGACAUGCAAGUAAGUGAAAUAGGUACUUACUGACAGGUGAUCUGCAUUCCCAUCGGUCGCCAGACCCGCCGUGAUUGCCUGCUCGUUCGCUGAGACUUCCGAAUUAGAGGUCACCUGACCGCAUGGUGAAAUAAAUGAAUAUGUCCCUUUGGCCUAACAAAACAUGUUGCUAGGGCAACCAUAGACGCCUUCAUCUCAUUGGUUGCGCCUGCAAGUACGGAUGCCGAUCGGGGAAAAAAUAAACAAACACUGCUAAGUCAGGAUAUCAGACAGAACGAGCGUUGUGAUGCAUGUCCUAUAUAAGCUGAUAUCAGUUUUAUGAUGUUUUGUGUCCAGAUGAAAGCUCUUUAGGGGAGCUGAAACGUUGAUGAUUUUUUCUUAAAUAAAAGAAGAACUUUUGAAUGAUAAAUCCUUGGAGUGCCGGUAUGUAUAUAUAUAUAUAUAUAUAUAUAUAUAUAUAUAUACACACACACACACACCACCACCCCCCCUUUGGGCCCCCGGGCAAAAUUAGAUCCAAGGCCCUUUGAAGGCCAAAUAUAUGUGCAUUAAAUAAAUGUUAAAUAUAACUCUCAUAUAAUAUGGCGUGAGGGAGGGGGUGACUGGUGACAGUGAGGGAGUGACUCCCUAUCUUUUCCUUGCUCCUCUCCCCAUCUCCCCCUUAUUUCCUCUCUCUCUCUCUCUCUCUGCUCCCACUGGUCUCCCCGGCUGCGGCUCCUUCCCCUCGCUGGCUGUGAGAGGGCUCUGUGUGUGAGGAGAGUACAGGAAGUGAUGUCACUUCCUAGCCCCGCCUCUCCCCAUCACACAGAGUGCCGCAUGGGACAGGAAGAAGGACACCUGACAGAGAGCAGGUAAUGCUGCCAGGUCUCAUUUUUAGAGAGGGAACGGGGGGGUAAUGUGCAGAGUAAUAGGUUGCUGGGGCCCGGUGCUCCAUCAGGGGCUCCACAACCUAUUGAGGGAAGAGAUUUUUAAGAAAUUUGCCAAUCAAGUUGGAGAAAUCCCUAAUUUCUAAUGACCGAUGUGCCCAAGUGGUCAGUCCGCCCCUGGAUGUAUAUAUAUGUGUGUGUGUAUAUAUAAUUUCUUCAUACCAGAGGAAGAGAGGAAAACUCUCAAAAGCUUGUUUUUUAAAGGAAUACUAUAGGAUCUGGAACACAAACAUGUAUAGUGUUAAAAAGUUUUGGGGGCAUGGCUACAAUGUUAAAGAGCCACAAUAUUAAAAGGCUCCUAGGGCAUUAAUAAUUUCUCUGUUGAGAUUCAAGUUGUGGUUCACGUUUGUUCCCAAUAAGCGCGUUAUUGUUGUGUAUUCCUGGUUCUGACUUUGGCUUUGAUUGACUAUUCUACCUUCUAUUCUCCUUUGACUCGGCUAUUGUGUUUUUUUUUCUCCCUAAAUAUAGUGAAAUCUUACCUUUAUUCCAGUCUGCUGGUGCUUGCUCUGCCCUUGCUCUGCGUCCUUGGCUGAUAUAAUCAGAAUUGAUGAUUUGCUAUUCAGAUAAUAUCAGCCAAAGAGGCAGGUUAGGACAGGGGCAGAGCCAAAUGCUGCCCUGUUCAAUCAGCAUCCCCUCGUAGAGAUGCAUUGAAUCAAUGCAUCACUAUGAGGAAAGUUUUGUGUCUCAAUGCAGAGGGUGAAGACACUCACAUGCCCCAAGGGGCACCUCUAGUAGCCAUUUGAGAAGGGGCCACAAGAGGUUUCCCUAGGCUGUAAAAGACUCUCUGAACAGACAGUGUUCACUGCAAAAUGCCUGCAGGGACUGACUAUACACACCGGAACAACUACAUUAAGUUGUAGUUGUCCUUUUGACUAUAGUGUCAUUUUAAAGCGCUUAAUGUGAUAUCCAUGAUAUUUGCCCCAUUGAUGAGAGUGCUGAUGGCUAAAAGCAGUUAGCUGACACUGUCAGCCAAUUGCAGAUGCUGAUUGCUGCUCAGGCUCAGGCAUUAAGUUGUAGUUGUCCUUUUGACUAUAGUGUCAUUUUAAAGCGCUUAAUGUGAUAUCCAUGAUAUUUGCCCCAUUGAUGAGUGUGCUGAUGGCUAAAAGCAGUUAGCUGACACUGUCAGCCAAUUGCAGAUGCUGAUUGCUGCUCAGGCUAAUACUUCUUCUUUAGCCAAAGCAGCACUUAGGGGAAGGGCUUCUGGGGAAUCUUGCUUGGCAUUAAAAUAUAAAACCCUUUUAAUGCUCAAAGGGUAGUACCAUGUGACACCAAACACUCUAACCAGUUCAAUGAGAUGAAGCACGUACAGUUGCUACAAUGUCCCUUUAAAUUGUUGUAACGUUUAAUGUUUUUGGUGCAGAUAGUAUGUGGCUGACAUUCUAGUUUUUUGUGAACUAUUUGGGUGUGGUUUGACAAAAUCGAGGGCUCUUCUCAGCACCCAGAGAUGGCCCCUCAUCAGCUCAAUGGAUAAAUGAAUUUCCAAAGCUUUCUCUAUGUUAACUUCAAAUCUAAGCAGCUCUCUCACAGACUCUUUACACCAAGCAUGUCAAACUCGCGGCCCGUGGGCUGCAUGCGGCCCACAAGGACCAUCUUUGCUUCGAGUGCAUGCUCCGUGUUAUAGCAGAGUAGGCACCUGGUUUCCCCACAUUGCAGGUGCCUACUCUGCUAACACUUACCCGGCCGAGGAGAAGGGCCAGCGAGGGAGCUCAGUGUUCCUGCUCCUCACUGCUCCCUCACGCACGCUGACUGAAGUGAAGCUGGGCGCCGGAAUAUAACGUCAUAUUCUGGCACCUGGCAUCACUAAACCGCGUGCGGGAGCAGUGAGGAGCAGGAAGGACUCCAGGGAGAUGCCCCCAUCGGUUCCAUAAGGUAAGGAGCAAUAAAGAAAAGUAUGUGUUUGUGUGUCUGUCAGUCAGUCAGUCAGUGAGUGUGUGUGUGUGUGUGUGUCUGUCAGCAAGUAAGUGUGUCAGUGUUAGUGUGUCUGUCAGUGAGUAUAUGUGUCUGUCAGCAUGUGUGUGUGUGUCUGUCUGUGUGUGUGUGUCUGUCUGUCAGUGAGUAUGUCUGUGUGCGGCCCACAUAAACUUAAACCUUGAGUUUGACAUGCUUGCUUUACACCAUAACCACUAUAGUGUGCUGUAAGGGCAGCUCGUUUGUUUACUUAUUUAUUUAGAAAUAUAUGUUUUUUCAGACAGGAAAAAAAAUUAAGAUUUCUAUUGUUGUCACGCCCUCAGGAGCAUGAAGAAUACAAUGUUACAUUACAAGUGUGCACAUUUAAAGCAAAUACAUUAUGAAUAAUUGAACCUUAGCAGUUAUAACUGGUAAAUAUAUAUGUUGAAAGAUAUAAAAUGGGCGCUGUUAUCUUUUAAAUAAUUUCUUAAUAUUACCACAGAAAUAACAGUAGCAUAAUGUUACACUCUUUUAAACCCUUGAUCGAUUGUUUCAUUGUCAUUGUUUGUCUUGUCCUAAUACAUUUAAGGAAGAGUGCAACAAAUACACGUCUAAACAAUAGUUUCAAUAGUGACAGAAAUAUUUAAUAUUUUUUUAGUUUGGUGUACAUCAUGUAUGUGCAGGCACAGAUAUGCAUAAUAUGUAAACCAUAUUAAAGGGACACUAUUGGCACCCAGACCACUUCAUUUCAAAGAAGUAGUCUGGGUGUAGUGUCCCUAUCCCGCUUAAUCCUGCAAUGUAAACAUUGCCAUUUUUUUUUCUUUAAAUGGCAAUGUUUACACUGCAGGGUUAAUUAAAAUCAGUAUCAGCAAAUCAGUAUGAUAGCCACCAGAGGUACAUUUAAGGGACAGACCAAGUAAAACUUGGUCAGGUGAUGUGGAAGCCCCAUAGAAAAGCACUAAUUCAAUGCUUCGACUCACUGCUCAUACUGCAGUUGUUAUGGUGCUACGAGUGCACUGGCAUUCCCACAAGUGUCAUUUUAGAACUGUUUGACUUCUUACCUGGGUUCCACUGGGCACUCCUCCCUGCCUCCACUGCAGCCGGAAGCUCUCAGCCCUGAGCUAAACCGGACAGUGCAGUUUAGAAUAAUCAUGUUAGUCGUUAAUAUAGGAUAUGAUAGAAACAUAGAAUGUGACGGCAGAUAAGAACCAUUCAGCCCAUCUAGUCUGCCCAAUUUUCUAAAUACUUUCAUUAGUCCCUGGCCUUAUCUUAUAGUUAGGAUAGCCUUAUGCCUAUCCCACGCAUGCUUAAACUCCUUUACUGUGUUAACCUCUACCACUUCAGCUGGAAGGCUAUUCCAUGCAUCCACUACCCUCUCAGUAAAGUAAUACUUCCUGAUAUUAUUUUUAAACCUUUGUCCCUCUUAUUUAAGACUAUGUCCUCUUGUUGUGGUAGUUUUUCUUCUUUUAAAUAUAGUCUCCUCCUGUACUGUGUUGGUUCUCUUUAUAUAUUUAAAUGUUUCUAUCAUAUCCCCCCGUCUCGUCUUUCCUCCAAGCUGUACAUGUUAAGAUCCUUUAACCUUUCCUGGUAAGUCUUAUCCCGCAAUCCCACAGACCACAAUCUCAGUGAGACGGCAAGGAACACCUGGAACUACUAUAGAAAGGGCAACCCGGGAGGCACAAAUAGAGGAAGCCCACUACAUAGACAGGAACCUAACAACUGCAGUGGAUCGGGGGGGACAAAACACAACUGCCACGGACCACUUAGGGACGGGGGCAUCUCACCACAUAAAAGGGGAUAGACUGAGCAGGGCACGCUGAUAACCACACAUGCUGCACAAAUAGUAGCCAGAGGGCAAGAGAUAAGACCAGAACUGUGUCAGCACCCUACACCUAGAAGGAAUGUGGGUCACCUGUUAAACCUUAUAAUGUCUUGAUGGGACCUGCGAGUCCUCUUUGUGCUUGGGGCCUGCGAGCGCACAUUGUAACAUACCUAUGCAAAACCGAUGGUCUCCCCCUUGUUUUUGUCGGAUGACGGACCUGCGAUUCCAGUCAAUGUACUUGUUAACUGUCAUUUUCCCAAAACGGUGAAACAAUAAAAAUUAUGUUUACAAAAAAAUUAAUUAAAUAAAUGAUUUUACUCACUUUUUAUCCAAUGAAUAUUCUCCCUCUGCACUGUUGUCCGCAAAUGAUUGCAUGAUCCCAUCGUGUAGUCAUGUUUACAGGAUUAUGGUUCAAACCAAUGCUCCUUAUAGAGGAGCAUUGGAGACCAUGGGCGCAUGCCUAUACAUGCAAUGAUUUUCUAUAGCAACCUGUGAUGGCACUGCACAUGCGCGCAUGACAUCAUGGUAUGCCUGGGUUUGAGAACUGGGAAAUAACAGUUCUGGCUCUCCAGAUGGAUUGGAAGUGUGGCUUGAAGACAUGCUUCCAAGCCUUCUAUUUAUUAAAGUAAAAUAUUUUGUUGGCACUUAGCAGUAGGAAUCUACUGUAGGCACUAUAACAACUUCAAGUGAAUUAUGUUGUUAUAGUGAGUAUAGUGCUAAUCCAACAUGUUUUUACAGUUUUAUUUAUUUGGGUUCCAAUGCUAAUAGACCCCCCCCCCCCCUUAAAACGUAAAAAAAGAGAGUUAAAACUUAGAUUGAUUUAGUCCUGUGCCUGGUAAAGCUCCCAGCGCUGAUCUUCCUCCUCUAUUAGCAAGGGCCUAGCGCAGUCCAUUUAAGUGCUACUCAAAGAGGAAUGGAGGGAUUUUCUUUAAAAAAAAAAAAAGUGAUUUAAGUAAUGGAGGGAGGCGGGGUGGACUGCACAGAGGGAGAUGCCUGCAAAGGAGAAGAUUGUUACGUCGGUUACCAACAUGCAGUGUGACCGACGUAAAUUUUGUACAGAAUUGAUAUUUGCUCACGGGCACUGGAGAAAAUCUCUCUGAAACUCUGCUCAUCCAGACUUCAGCCACUAUGACCACUUCAAAUUACUGAAGUCGUCAUGGUGGUUGGAGUAACUCUUUGAUAUAGGACAGGGAUAUGCAACCUUUUAGCAGCACUGUGCCGAAAUAAGAUUGUGAUGUCCUGUUUUUUUAAAAUUGAGGUGUGUAUGUUGCCAUAUCCUGCUUGUGUUAUUAAUACUGCAGUUGCUUUGUAUCAUUGUAUUUGUGCGUAUAUGAGCUAUCAUGUUGUAUAUGUUCACAAGUAGCUUGUUGUGUUGUGUAUGAUACCUAUGGAUGUAGACUGUGUAUGGGAGCUGCUUGUGGAAUUGUGUGUGGAUGGAUAUGCACAUUGUGUGUUUGGUAGUGUGUGUAUGUUUAGGGUAUUGCAUGUGAGAGGCUGCAUGUGGGGUCGUGUGCAUGUAUGUGGAUUGUUAGUGGUGUUGAGUUUGUGAGGAUUGUGUGUAUGUUUGUGUGUGGGUUGGCUGUUCGUGUUAUUUGUAUAAGGGUAGGGUUAUUCUGCAUUUCUGUAUAUAUCUAGCAGUGUGGAUGGCUUCCCUGGGCUCCAGUGGGGACCGUGCUGGCCAGGUACAGGUCAGGGACAGGAGCUGCAAGAGCAGCUUCGGACUGCUCUACUACACUGUGGAUUCCCAUUCCAUCUCAGAUCACUUCCUCUAUGUGCUGCAAUGCAUGCAUUGAGGAUUGUCCUUCACCACCUCAUUGUAUUAGCAGAUAUCUGAAGUUUCACUGGGACUCCUGAUAGGCCAGAGUCUGUUUGGCUCUAGCAGCCUUGAGUGCCGUGCAAAGACACCUCGAGUGCCGUGCAUGGCACACUUGCCAUAGGUUGCCUACCCCUGAUAUAGGAUAUGAUAACCAUAUUCUAGAUGUUAAUAUAUGAUAGCCUUUUUAGUAGUAAUUAUAGAAUAUGAUAUCCAUGUUCUAGUCAUGUUCUAGUGAUAUCUAGUCCUUAAAGGACCACUCUAGGCACCCAGACCACUUCAGCUUAAUGAAGUGGUCUGGGUGCCUGGUCCAGCUAGGGCUAACCCAUUUUUUCAUAAACAUAGCAGUUUCAGAGAAACUGCUAUGUUUAUGAAUGGGUUAAGCCUUCCCCCUAAUCCUCUAGUGGCUGUCUCAUUGACAGCCACUAGAGGCGCUUGCGUGCUUCUCACUGUGAUUUUCACAGUGAGAGCACGCCAGCGUCCAUAGGAAAGCAUUAUGAAUGCUUUCCCAAGUGACCGGCUGAAUGCGCGCCCAGGAGGAGGAUCGGAGGAGGAGAGCUCUCCGCCCAGCGCUGGAAAAAGGUAAGUUUAACCCCUUUUCCCCUUUCCAGAGCCGGGCGAGAGGGGGUCCCUGAGGGUGGGGGCACCCUCAGGGCACUAUAGUGCCAGGAAAACGAGUAUGUUUUCCUGGCACUAUAGUGGUCCUUUAAUAUAGAAUAUGAUAACCAUGUUCUAGAAUCUAGUCGUUAAUUUAAGAUACUAUAAGCAUGUUUUAGUUUUUAAUACAGGAUAUAAUAGCCAUGUUCUAGUAGUCCUUAAUAUACAAUAUGUUAGCUAUGUUCUAGUCUAUAUAGUGAUAGAAAUGUUCUAGUGCUCAGUAUAUUUGUAUAACGUGAUGGUCAUAUGUUAGUCCUUCCUAUAAACCUCAAGUGUUUUGACUUGAAGUAUAUGAUGUAUAAUGUAAAAUAUUUAUUUAUGUUCAUUAUUAUAUAAUACGAUUACCAUGUUUUCAUUUCAUGUCAUGGAAAAUGUUUUCGUCCCUAUAAUAUGAAGUAAUAGCAAUGUUUUGCUGCAUAUUAUUUGAUAUAAUAGCCUUGUUAUAUUCCUAAUGUUAUCUAAUAAGUGUUUACGUCGCAAUUAUUAGAUGUAAUAGCUAUAGUCUGAUCCUUAUGAUGUAAUAUCCAUGUUCUUAUUAUGUGGUUGAAUCUGAAUGUCUUAAUGUCUACAAUGAUGGCUAGGGGUUUGUCACAAGUUUUCUUUAGCACAAUUUAUUGUAUGAGCCUUGCGACCUGUUUGAUUCAAGUAGAGCUUUAGAAAGGCUGGUUUUGUUUGGAAUCUUGUAUAGGGACGGUUCUGCAGGCAGCAGGCUGAAUUACCAAUCACGUUGUUGAGAGGCAGAUAGGGAUGUUGUCUUGUUCUGAAUACAAAUGCUGGUCCCCCUCCUCCACCUCAGGCAUUUGUAUCAGGGUUCUUGCAUACUGAUGAUGCCUUCUGUCUCAGCACAAGGGUUUCUGUCUUGGAAAGAAGCACCGUCCAGUCUUUCUUUUUUAAUUAUUUAGAAAGAAAAAGGUAAAAGAUUUCUGGGUGUUGAUGGUUUAGAAAUAUGAAGCUCAAAUUAUAUAUGUUAUUUUAAACAAGAUUCUCUUUAACAUUGCUGUUCCUAGUCUUUUGUCUGAAGCUACGAUAGGGCAUGAGAUCGGACUUAACUAGUGUUCGCUAGAAAGAUUGUGCCGUGCUACAUAAUUGCCAAUUCAUUCCGGUAGAAAGAGGACCUGUAUAACAAAAGACCUAGGUCUUUAAAGUAAUCUUCCAGUAGAUUUGCCUUCACUGCACGCUUAUGUGCAAGUAACAGCAGAUAGGCCAAUAAGCUUGUCUUGCAGAUUUGGGGGUGGCUGCUGCAAGAAGAGUUAGUUCGUGACUGAAAUGCUGCCUGAAAGAUAAAAGCUAACUGUUACGGUUUUAUUUCUGUUCAGAAUCUCCUUUUUUGGUUCUCUACAAUAUUUCUAUGUAUUCGGUAUUGGUGGAAGACCAUUCACUUUGUCAUAAGGUAUUUUUAAUUUUAUUGUAAGCUGCAUCAAUGAAAUGUACAAUGCACAGGAGGGUAUUGAUUGGAAUUAGCUGUUCUAUUAAUGCAAUGUUUAGCCAUUAACUCAUCAUUGUCCAUUGUUUGCAGAAAUGACUACAGAUAUCCCUGGAUCAGUGAGUUUGCCAGGUGCGGCAAUGGCAGCAGGGCAGGUGAGGAUGGCAGGACCCAUGCCAGCUCGGGGAGGAAAACGGCGGUCAGGGUAAGUGGACAAUACCUUGAGACCAUUCCAAGUUGUGCAUAUGUUUUGGGGGCAUUCAGUGAGACCCAGUGAAAAAAUGUGCAGGGGUGUGUAGAGAGCUAGUAAUGUAAUAAAUUAAACCUAACUUUGCUAUUAUUCAGAUACUCAAAAUAUAAAUAUAGCUACAGGAGGAAAAGCUGGAAUAUAAUCUCUGAAUGCUUGCUUGUAAGUAAAUUAUUUGAAGAUGUGUUGAGAGAAACACUGUUCUUAUGUGAAUAUGUUUCUGUCUUCGUUACAUGCAUUCUAGCAAUUAAGGGAUUGUGUCAUAAAAAUGUUUGCCAUGUUGGGGAGGGCGGUGCCUGACCGCCAUGCCGACCGGUCAGGCAUGCGGCAGAGGCUCCUGCAGACUCUAUUUCGGCUGAUAAUCUGGGCUCUUAACCCUACUCUAAGCCAGAAGGGAACAGUACAGUACACAAGCAAUUGUUGGCGCCACUGCAGACUCCGAGAUCAGGAGUUUCGGUGCCCCCCCAGGUUACACAAAGCUUUGGAGCCUGCAGCCUACUCAGGGGAAGAUCAGGACGGACGGACGCCGCCCUGUUCACCUACCUGGCUGCCACACAAUGGAUCUCUGAUACUCCUCACAGGCCCCUUCCCCCCCCCUUGGAACAGAGGGGGUUAUCCCGGUCCCCGCUGGACGGGUCCGGGGCUGAUGUCAGCAAGCUUGGCUGAGAUUGCCUCAAUGUCCUGGAACCAAGAUGGCCACCGCAGUAAUUCCCGCUGGAUCGGCCUGACACCCUGAGCUAUGCCUUGGCCCAAGAGGUCUCACUACCGUGCCAGCAUGUCCUGGAGAGUCUGCGAGAGCUCGUGACCACACUGCACAUUUGACACCGUUGCCCAGCUGCUGCCUCUCGCUUACCCAAGCCUCUAGCCAAGUGGAGUGGAAGUCUCCAACGCAGCCUUAUACCCUGAAGGGUGAUCGCCAACGCUAAGACCACCGAGUAAGCCACCACCAUCACGGCUCAUUGAAGGACUGGACCUGAGGGCAUCUGAUGUCGGCUUGUAUUGAGCUCACUACGCUAACAAAGCCUGUCUGCAAUCACCCGCAGGACGAACUGGGGGUAUGGUUGGCCCGGUGACCUCUUGUGAGAGGGCAUUUUAUUUAAGUGCUGAGCUAUUGUAUGUAUGCCCAAUUUUGCAGUAUCACCCUGUUUAACCUCUCACUAGCGGGUAAUCAUCCAGAUAUAUUUUGUUUUGCUGAUUUCACUUAGGGGGCUCAUGUCCAGCGGUACCAUUAUUGUUUCUAUCUGUUACAGGCAGUCUCGUAUACACUUAGCAGGUUAUAUUAUAAUCACAGUUUAGCAAUUUCUUUAGUACUCCUUACUUUAUGUAGCUAUCCUAGCAUACUGUAGACCCUUGUACUAGAGAUGCACCAUGCAUAACCGGCUUGUAUUGCAUGUCUUUAUCUGGCAUUUCUCUUAGACUCACCUGUCUGCAAGUUAUCAUACAAAUUUCCUAAAGAUCUGUGUGACUACUCUAUGUGCCAUGCAAUUUUUCUUAGUUUACACAUGUUUCUUAUCUUGUUAUUAAUUUAACAUAAAAAUGUGCAGUUUCUAUUAAUUCCAUGAUAAUAAUAUCUUUUGCCUGUUUUCACUAUGCUUGCUAUAGUUGUCGUGGUGUAUCAAGCUUCUUUGUUCACACAUGCACAAUAAAAAUAAAGAAUAAAAAAAAAUGUAAAAAAUGUUUGCCAGGUCAAAUAAAAAAAUGAAGAUACCCAUUUGGGUUCAACCAGCCAUACAUGUAGAUUGGUAUUGUGGGAAAGAUAAUCAACAAGAGCUGCUGUGGCAAACAUUAGACAUGAGAGAUAGCUGGACACAAUUUAGGCUCUGUAGGUUCACCUAAGCUAUAAUUCCAGAUUAAUAUUUGAGUCAUUUUUGCCCCAGUUCUGAGCAUUGCUUUUGAAAUUUACAAAUAAAUACAUUUGUAACUGAUAUUGAUUUAAUUUCGAGUUAUAAAAAAUCUCAAUAGUGACGAUACCUUAACCUGUCGUGCUUUUCUCUGGCAGGUUCUGCAGUGUUUAGAAGUUAUGUUACUCAUACAUUUAUUAUUACAAUCUCCUUCCAUUAUCUUUAUAAGAUGUCCAAGUUGAGAGCUUUCAGUUGAUGAUGUUGAUAGUUUUUAAAACAGCUGUGCGGUGGGUUGCAGAUUUCCCGUGUCAGGGCAUAGCAGCAUGAAGGGGAAGGGUCAGGGCAAGAAAUUCAGAGUGGUGGAAAGUGGAAGAUAAGUGUAUGCUGGUAACCGUGCUUGACAAAUCCAGGCGCUACAGUGAAACAGAAUCUAUGCUGGCAGUGUAACUGACAGGAAGCCAGCCUCUACCUUUCCAUCAGUUGUUUGUGAAUCUUUGCUGGUACUGUAGUGUUAGAAUUUGGCAGUUAUGUUCCAGCUGGCUGAGUGUGUCCUUGUUCUCUAUUAGUCUUGCAUGUUUAAAUCAAUCUUUAUUUCAGAGACAACCAUAUCAUCCUUCACAUACAAAGUCACUUGUGUUACUGAGUAUUUGUUUCAUGUUUUAUGUUUAACAUCGAAAAAUGAAAUAUUAUAAUAUAAUAUAAAACAACAUUAGAAUAAUAUUGGAAGCAAAUCAAUGAUCAAAUACUAACAAUUACAAACGAGAACAAGAAUUAAAAAAGGGAAAAAAAGUGGGGGGUACCAUUAUGAUAAGACCAACCUCAACCUACUGGCAACUGUCUAUAUGUUGCUGAGGAGGUUAAGUCCUGACAAGUAUCCCAUAUUUUAUAACAGGAUGGCAAAGCAUUAUGCACCAUGGUCGUUAGAUGGUCCGUUAUGUGAUUUUCAUCUAUUUUAGCUGUGACCUCUCUGAUUGAAAGGGCUGGCCAAAGCCCUUCUUGCUGCUAAGGUUAUUUUAUUAAAUUAUAUAUUGUUGUGCCUAAUCAUUAAAUUCAUGAAGCACCAAUAUCCAAAAGUAAUAACCAAUACCUAAUAAGGUUUAAAGCAAUAUUGGCGGGUACACAACCCAGUUCGGGAUGAGUAUCUUGAACUAUAGGAAAGAGAAAUCACACAGAGACCAAGUUGAAUAUAAGAAUUCACAUCACACUUUAUUAUCCAUAAAGGGGCCCAAUACAAUAUAAGUGGUAUUCUCAUUUAAGUUAUUGCAUGCAUUCACAUCAAACAGCUUAUUAUCUAGAUAUCAACUUAAGUAUACAUCACCAUUAGAGAAACUUAGUUGUCACCAGUGGUGUAUCCUGGUUUUGUGCUGCCCUAGGCAGGUAAAACUCAGGCCCCCCCUCCCCAACCCCCCCACGCGCGCGCGAACCCCACCCAUCCCUUCCCCCCCGCCUUCUAAAUACACACACACACAUACUCACUGACCGAUACGCAUACACUAGCUAACAGAAACACAAACUCACUGACACACACAGACACUCACUCACUAGCAGACACACACUAGCAGACAUACACACACACACUCACAGGCAAACAUACACACACAGUCAGACACACAAACACUCACUGACACACACUCACAGGCAAACACACUCACACUAACAGUCAGACACACACACACUAACAGUCAGACACACACACACUCACUAACAGACACACACACUCUCACUAACAGACACACACACUCACACACACACUAACAGACACACCCACUCACAGACACACUCACACACACACUAACAGACACACUCACUAACAGACACACUAACAGACACACUCACACACACACUAACAGACUCACACACACUAACAGACACACACACUAACACACACACUAACAGACACACUAACAGACAAACUCACACACACACUAACAGACACUCUCACACACACACUAACAGACACACUCACACACUCACAUUAACACAUUUUUUUUUUUAACCUCUCCCCUCCAGCCUCCUUACCUUUGGGAAUGCUGGGGGAUUCUCCCUUGGGGUCCAGUGGCUGCUGGGCGCUGGUGGGCGGCUGGCGAGGGAGCACUUCCUCUGAGCGGUCUGCUCAGAUCCCUCGCGCGCCUCAGAGUGAGGCUGGGAGCCGGAAUAUGACGUCAUUAACCCGGCUCCCAGCCUCACUCUGCGGCGCGCGAGGGAGCUGAACAGACCGCUCAGAGGAAGUGCUCCCUCGCCAGCCGCCCGCCCGCUCGCUCGGCAUGUCUGUUAGCCACAAGGCGAACAAGGCAUUUGCCCUGGGCAUUUGGGGGGCAUCUUUUUUUGCCGCCCCCUGGAAAAUGCCGCCCAAGGCAAAUGCCUUGUUUGCCUCGCGGCUAAAACGCCCCUGGUUGUCACUCCGCUACACACGACUGGGGGAACUCAGGCAGUCAGACCUGGAGGGUCCCUCUCUACUGGGAACAGCAAAGACCAGCAACACGCAUUCGUAUUACAGGUAGGUCGUUCUCCAAGGGAGUGCCAAGUUUCUCCAUCUUUUAUACAUUUUUACAAAUUAGAUGGAUAGUCUGUACUUUUCCAAGUUUUCUUAUCAGUGCAGCCCAGCAUGUAUAUGUCAUGCGCAUUAAGUAAUCUUUAUGGUUGAUCAGGCCAGUCAUGACCACCCAAGGCUCAUGCCAAACACAUGCGGUACCAUUUCUCUGAAGCUUUGUACCUAUACUCAGUCUUUCUAAACAUUGCUGACACCAAAUCCUACUUUCAAGCACGUAGGCCACUUUAGAUAUUGGCCAGACAUGUUAUAGAACAUUCUAUUCUGUGUCAUCUUGUUUUUCUUGUUUUUCUUUUCUUUAUCUAGUAGUUUAAUUUGCUUAAUAGUGAUCAGUGUCUUCAGCAAACUGUUUGCGGACUUUCUUGUGCAUCAUCUUUAGAAGAGGCUUUUUUCUGGGACGACAGCCAUGCAGGUCAAUUUGAUGCAGUGUGUGGAGUAUGGUCUGAGCACUGACAGGCUGACCCCCCACCCCUUCAACCUCUGCAGCAAUGCUGGCAGCACUCAUACAUCUAUUUCCCAAAGUCAGCCUCUGGAUAUGACUCUGAGCACGUGCGCUCAACUUCUUUGGUCGACCAUGGCGAGGCCUGUUCUGAGUGGAACCUGUCCUGUGAAGGGGGUCCUGAGGACUAACAUUGAGAACCCCUGAUGUAGAGCAACAAAUUUUUUUUCAGAUCUUCAGAGAGUUCUUUGCCAUGAGUUGCCAUGUUAAACCAGUGACCAGUAUGAGAGAGUGUGAGAGCGAUAACACCAAAUUUAACACACCUGCUCCCCAUUCACACCUGAGACCUUGUAACACUAAGGAGUCACAUUACACCGGGGAGGGAAAAUGGCAAAUUGGGCCCAAUUUGGACAUUUCCACUUAGGGGUGUACUCACUUUUGUUGCCAACGGUUAAGGCAUUAUUAACUGUGUUUUGAGUUCUUUUGAGGGGACAGCAAAUUUACACUGUUAUACAUGCUGUACACUUACUACUUUACAUUGUAGCAGAGUGCAAUUUCUUCAGUGUUGUCACAUGAAAAGUUAUAAUAAAAUAUUUACAAAAAUGUAAGGGUGUACUCACUUUUGUGAGAUACUGUAUAAAUCUCCCCAACAAACCAUCCUUACAUCCACUCCAUGCGAUCUAAUCUACCUGGAACAGAAAUUUAGUCAACCACCAGACACGUUACCAGGUCGCAAUCUCCUCCCAUAAUGAGAUCAUUUCUACCACAAGCCUUCCCAGACUGUGUCCCACAAUGAUCUAUUGAUAUUAUUAGGUGCAUUUAGCAGUAAAAUAUACAGAAUAUUUAGAUAUACCAAUUUUCAAAAGGCAAUAAAAAAGCAAGGCAGAGUCCGACAUAGAUUGGCUACAUUCAAAUAUUGAUGAGGUACUAUAUAGAUUGCUAAAUAUCUGAAAAGGGCUGUGGGAAUGGGGUAGAUUACUGAAGAACAGGCAGAGUAGAGCUAAAGCCAAAAAAAGAUAAAGUGAGAGGAUAAGUAAAAUUAUUUUAAUGUAUUAUAUAAUCAUACUUGAAUAUAUAAUUUCUCUUGGAGGGAGUUUUGUUCAUAUGACUCAAAAAACAUCUACUGCAAACACACAAGAAAUCAUAUAUAGGAAACUUAAAGUCCAGAGACGAAAAAAAACAACAACGGUGUAAUGCACACUUGACUGUCUUAGCCUAUCACAGGCACUCUGUGAAAUGUUCCACGUGAAGAAGGCGACCAGAAGAGAAAGAUGAGGGGCCAGGAUAUUAGGUGCCAUCUGGAGCAUUUUGGGGUUAAACCGUUCAUAAUACAGAAUAUUCUCUUAAGAUUCUAUGGUGCCCAAGACCGCCAGGCACCAUAAUGACUUAAUUGAGAGGAAGACAUUAUGGUGACAAAGUUUUCCUUUAGUCAUCUUGCUGUCAGUGUUUUAUCUGCAGCCAUUUGCCCAUUGACGCUAGCACUGUGUACAUAUGUAUGUAUAAUAUAUAUAUACACACACAGUCAGGUCCAUAAAUAUUGGGACAUCAACACAUUUCUAAUCUUUUUGGCUCUAUACACCACCACAAACAAGAUGUGCUUUAACUGCAGACUUUCAGCUUUAAUUUGAGGGUAUUUACAUCCAAAUCAGGUGAACGGUGUAGGAAUUACAACAGUUUGUAUAUGUGCCUCCCACACUUUAUAGGAGCUUAGAUGCAGUUCCAACUUGGACAAUUGGGUCUAAUAAUGCACACCUGAGGAUAUGGUAGAGUACAGACUCUAGGUUCUUGUGGAUGCAGCUUCUCUUGCAGAUAUGUGAUAGAAAUCAGAGAUUAUAGUGCAAUAUGCCAGACUUCAUAUUAAAAUAUAUAGCUAUAAAGGAUGCGCACUCACGUGUUCUGGAGCCUAGAGAGUUCCCUAUUGCUGUAUCAAAUGUGAGUAGUUUUUAUCUAUUUUGUUUUAUUCAUCACUUUUUACAGUCUAUACUAUUGUGGUUUUAUUUUCUCUUUUAUUUAUAUAAUCGGAGAGAGACCACUAGCACAUAUAUCCUAGAGUGGGAAUCAUACCUCUUCACGUCAACACGUGAGUGCACAUCCUAUAUAGCUAAAUAUUUUAAUAUUGAGUCUGGCAUAUUGGACUAUAUAUCUUUGAUUUCUUCCACAUAUCUGCAAAAAAAGCUGCAUCCACAAGAACCUCCUAUAGAGUUUGUACUCCACCAUAUCCUCAGGCGGGGAUUAUUCCGCCCAAACAUCUAAGUUGGAGCUGCACCUAAGCUUCUAUGAAGUGUGAGUGCAUAUCAUUUUAUUUAUCCUCACCUUACUGUAUUUUUUACAUAUUUCACUAUCAGUUUCCUAUUUCUCCUCCUUUUUAUGGUUAUAGAUACACACUCCAAGGACAUUCAAGGCGUUGCACCUCCCUGCUUUAAAAAAUAGAAAUGUUAGUAGUUUUUUUGUAUAAAUUAACAAAAUGCAAAGUAAGUGUACAGAAGAAAAAUCUAAAUCAAAUAAUAGUAUGACUAUUUAUUUCCUUCAAAACGGCAUCUAUUCUUCUAGGUACACUUUCACUAAGAGGCAGGGUUGUCUAUAGGUACAUGAGUUGUAAAUACAGUCCUGUGGUCAAUAAAUCUGUGUGACAGAGCUCCUGUACUCCGACUGUGUACCCUUGCCCAAUCCGCUUCCUAGCCGUUGGGGAGGGAGCUUGGAACACUUCAGCCCCAGUCGCCGAAGCUUGACUGGUGUCUCUCCGGAACACGUCCACCCUACCAGACUCUUCCUUCAGGCAGGUAUUGUCCCCUCAGCCCAGUGGCGUACACCUGACCCAUGGGGCCCCGGUGCAAAAAUUGAUCCGUGGCCCCCCCCCCGCACGCGGGCCGGGCCGCAACACAUGGCGGUGGGCACCUGGUCGCAGGGGUUACAGGGCUGCGACCCCUGUAUGUACGCCAGUGCAUGCAGAUGCACACACACUUAAAGGACCACUCUAGGCACCCAGACCACUUCAGUUUAAUGAAGUGGUCUGGGAGCCAGGUCCAGCUAGGGUUAACCCAUUUUUUCAUAAACGAGUAUGUUUAUGAAUGGGUUAAGCCUUCCCCUAUUUUCUCUAGCGGCUGUUUCAUUGACAGCCGCUAGAGGCGCUUGCGUGUUUCUCACUGUGAUUUUCACAGUGAGAGCACGCCAACGUCCAUAGGAAAGCAUUAUGAAUGCUUUCCUAUGUGACCGGCUGAAUGCGCGCGCAGCUCUUGCCGCGCGUGCGCAUACAGUCGACGGGGAGGAGAAGAGGAGGAUCGGAGGAGGAGAGCUCUCCGCCCAGCGCUGGAAAAAGGUACGUUUUACCCCUUUUCCCCUUUCCAGAGCCGGGCGGGAGGGGGUCCCUGAGGGUGGGGGCACCCUCAGGGCACUAUAGUGCCAGGAAAACGAAUAUGUUUUCCUGGCACUAUAGUGGUCCUUUAAAGGACCACUACAGACACCCAGAUCACAUCAGCUCAAUGAAGUUGUCUGGGUGUCAGGUCCCUCUAGUUUUAACCCUGCAGCUGAAAACAUAGCAGCUAUGUUUCACUGACGGUUAAUCCAGCCUCUAGUGGCUGUCUCAUUGACAGCCGCUAGAGGAGCACACUGAACGUCCAUAGGAAAGCAUUGAGUAAUGCUUUCCUAUGGGUGGUUUGAAUGCGUGCGCGGUCGCAUUCGGAGCUGAGAGGCUGAGGGAUCCUCAGCGCCAAGGGAGUCCGGCGCUGGAGAAAGGUAAGUGCUGAAGACACACACACACACACACACACACACACUUACAGACGCAUACACACUAGCUAACAGACACACAAAUUUACUGACAGAGACACAGUCAGCGACAGACAUACAUACACACACACUCACUUACAAAACAUACACUUUCAUUGACAAACUCACUCACUAACAGACAUCAAACAGACUAACACACACACACUCAGUAAGACACACACACUAACACUCACUCUAACACUCACACACACUCACACUAACACUCACUAGCAGACACACACGCUAACACUGACUGUAACACACACACACUAACACUCACUAGCAGACACACACGCUAACACUGACUGUAACACACUCACACUAACACUCACUAGCAGACACACACACUCACUGUAACACACACACACACACUAACACUCACUGUAACACACACUAACACUCACUAGCAGACACACACACUCACUGUAACACACACACACACACACUAACACUCACACUAACACUCACUAGCAGACACACUAACACUCACUCACUAGCAGACACACACACACUCACUGUAACACACACACACACACACACUAACACUCACACUAACACUCACUAGCAGACACACUCACUAACACUCACACUCACUAGCAGACACACACACACUCUAACACUCACACAUUUUUUUUUUUUAAAUGUAAUCCCCCCCCAGCCUCCUUACCUUUUGGAGUGCUGGGGGGGAUUAUUCCCUGGGGUCCAGUGGUGCUGCUGGGCUCCUGGGCGGGUGGCCGGUCGGGCAGGCGGGCGCGCGAGGGAGCACUCAGUGCUUCCUCUUCAGCUACCUCGCGCGCCGCGUAGGGAUGCCGGCGCCGGAAGAUGACGUCAUCUUCCGGCUCCGGUAUCAGUGCAGUGCGCGAGGGAGCUGAAUAGGAAGCACUGAGUGCUCCCUCGCGCGCCCGCCUGCCCGACCGGCCACCCGCCCACAGGGCCAGCCUCGGGGGGCCUUGGGGUGGUCGGCUCCUGGGCCCCCCAGGGGAAGAGGCUGGCCCAGUGGCUACAUACCGGGUCGCAGGGGCGACCCCUGCGACCCUGGUAUGUACGGCACUGGGUGGUCGGCUCCUGGGCCCCCCAGGGGAAGAGGCUGGCCCAGUGGCUACAUACCGGGUCGCAGGGGCGACCGGGCCCCCUGGUGGGCCGGGCCCGGUCGCAGCCGCGACCCCUGCGACCCUGGUAUGUACGCCACUGCCUCAGCCUAUUCAUCUGCAGCUCUUCUUCCAGGCAAGUAUCGUCCACUCUGCCUAUUCCUCUGCAGCAAUAAUUGUUAUUGCCUUUACAAAAGCACUUGCGGUUCUCAGGCCUAGCUGUCUUGAUUUAUCCCAGGGCAGUGAGUCAACAGGUCUAAAGAUUCUGUUAAUGUGAUCCCUAAAAAUCCACACAGGACACCGUUACAAAAAGAACUAACAUAGCAUUCUUUAUUUUUAGUCAGGACUUGCCUAAAUGCUCACAACAUUUAGAUUGCUGUGACAACUAUAAUAAAAUACAAAUAUAAAGAACAAAUAGCAAUUAAGCAAGUAAAAUUAAUCCAUGAACUAUAUAAUAUAAAUUAACAUUUUCAAACACAAUAUAAAGCAACAAUAUAUACAUUUAACCACAUAUUUAGUUGCCCUUCAUACAAGUCUCAUGCAAACACACUUUAGACAGUCAGCAGAGGGCACAGCAGAGUUCUUAAGUAACAAUGAAUAACUUGCCCAUUGACUGCUGCUGUCACACACCUCUUUCAGGGACUCCUGGGACAAGGUCCAUAGUCUGUGCGUAAGAAGCUGGCUUUUAAGCCUCUUUAAACCCUUAAGGACCAAACUUCUGGAAUAAAAGGGAAUCAUGACAUGUCACACAUGUCGUGUCCUUAAGGGGUUAAAAUAACAUGGCAUGGAAGCAUUACUGUUUUUGAAAUUGUAGCACUGAUUUAAUUUCUAGGUUAUUAAUUUGUAUGUAUAUUUUUGUUUUGUGUUUUUGUGUGUGUAUGUGCAUGUGUGCCUAUAUGUGUGUAUCUUGAAUGUGCUUUGCAUUCUACAGCAGCAGGAGUGGCAGGGAUCAGACAGUUUCUAACACUUUCCUAGCUGAUUUGGGACAAAAUCUAUUUUAGACAAGACAAAUCACAGUAAAGUGUGUUAGGGGAAAUUGUAGCAUAUGUGGGUUAUUCCAUCCAUCAUAGGCACUACAGCCUUCUGUAGAGGUUGUUAUAAUGAUAGGAGUAUCCUGGCACUGUGCCUUGGUGAUAGGAUCAACCCUUUUGCUAUUGUUUGCCUUCUUACCUGAGCCCAACUGUGCAUCUGGUCUCCUGUUCAGCAGUUUUAUUCAAUUCAGCUUCUGCAGAGUUGCAGACAUCCGAUUCUGAUCCUGUAGCUCAUUAUUAAUUGGCUGAGAGCAUCAGCUUACUGCUUACUGCCAAUGAAUGUGUAUUUUGUUGUAGAAAUUUGCACGGUAUGGACACUAGCCACACUGGAACUCUUGUCCUGGGCAGACUAAUGAUGCUGUCAGAGGAGGAGUUACACUUUUGGCAGCAAAGGGGUCAAUCUCAGUGUACGCUGCACAUACAGGCACCAUGCCCACUUCAAAUCACUGAAGGAACUCUUUAAACAAGUCUACAGCAGACAAACUGUCAACGAAAGAAAUUCACUGCGGUAUUAAUACAAGUAAUAAGUACUGCCUUAUUGAGUAAACCUUUGGAUCAGACUUUUAUAAACAUGAAAUAAAAAACUGCUCUGCUCUCCGUUAUGUAUAUAUACCCACGGCAUACAGUGUUUAAAUAUGCUGUAAGCCUAAACCUAGGAUAGAGCAAGCUGUGUUAUAUACUCAGGGUGUUUGUUGUAACACUGAUCAUAUUUUUGAUGUAUACAUAGAUAUAUAUUGAGAUAUCAAGAAAUAGUUUUUGUGUGGCAGUGUAGUUCGGGAUGAGGUUAAUUGUACCACAAUUGAAUACACAAUUGGAGGAGGUGGGUCCUGUUCAUAAUUAUUGUAAUAAUCAUUGUCAACACAAGGGGGCACAAACACACCACAAACUCUCCUGAAAUGAACGUAAGUAUAAUUUAGGAUCUGGACAAUACUAGGACUUAUACUAAUGCAAUUAGGCUAAAUAAAUGUACUAGUGAGACUCAAAAAGCUGAAGUGUAUUGUAAGUGUUUAUGAACAUUUUUGUUUCUCUCUAUUACAGUUUGUUCGAAGGAAAACUAUAAUUUCAAAAUGUUUGUUCUGUUAUAAUAUUUAUGUGUAAUAUCAUCUGUUUUUAAUGAGUUAAUACGGAGGUUUACUCAUUUGCCUAAAUGAUUUUCUACAUACCUGGAGAAUAUCUCUGUUUAUCAUGUCUUUCAGUGGGUUUAUUGGAACGUGAACAAGGAGUAGAGAUGGAAAGAUAUGACUUUCACUAUGGCUUUCUGUGUUUGCAGAUUUUGACAGGUUUAGGAUUUUGUGUUUGAAUAAGAAAGAAUGUUUAUAAUUAAUACAAUAAAUAUGUUACUCUACAAAAUGCUAUGUAAUAUUGACCUAUUGUUUGUCUCUCAUCAAACAAGUUGUUUUACAUAAUAAUAUAUUUAUAUAAUGUGGUAUUAGAUUAUUCGGUCUGUCAUAGCAAUAGCCAAAUGCUGGGCAAGCAUUAUGGGGAUCUGAAGUUGUCAAACAAUACCAUAUGCGUUCCCUAAUUAACCACAUUAUAUAGGAAAGCAUCAGACGCAACAUUUGUAUCUUAGAAUUAAGAAGGAACCACGUCUUUGCCAUCCUAUGUAUUAAAUACAGGGACACAGUGUAACUAAGUUGGUGACGGCUGAGUAGGAUGUGAGCUGUCAAACACUUUCUACCUUUCAAACAUCCUUUUGGGAGUGAAGAUCUCUCCUCCCUUCCGUGUGAGUGAGGAAUCGGCUGGUUAUCAGUGGGAAGAGAGGCGUUUGUUUGUUUAAUGUGAGUCCAUGCCUCACAUCUCCUUUUUCCUGUUUCCUGAAUCAUGGUGAUGGGAACAGUUAUAUGUUGGGCGCACAAGCUCCCUGUUUAAAAAUGUGUUCUUUGCCUGUCUUAAGAACAACACUAUAAACAAGGCUUACACUUACAUUAUGUAAUUCACCUUAUGUAUCUUCGAAAGGAAAAGUAAAUGCCACCCAGAAUUCUGAAGUUUAUGAAUCCUAAUGUUCAUGUUUAUUGAUAUGUAGAAUGUUUAUUAAAAGCAUCAUGAUAUUGCAAUAAAACUCGCGAAGCGUGUGUAAAAAAACCCAACAUAAAGUACAUUGUAAUUGCACUGAACCUUGUAAAGAAUAAUUUGAUUUGCUUGACUGUUGUCUGAGGGUUAGAACACUGUUCUCAUCUGCUUCAACCUCUACAAUUCUUCCUUAUUUUGUCACUUGCAGAAUGGACUUUGAUGAUGAAGAUGGAGAAGGUCCCAGCAAAUUUUCAAGGUAAGUGACACUUGAUUACGCUUUGUAUUGUGGCUACCUUUUGUUGAUGAGUGAUGUGCAGAUAGCACAGAGGUUCUAAUAAUUUCUUAUUCUCUUUAGGUAUGACUGCAGGUUGCACACUUUCAAGGAUAUGGUAAGACAGGGCUUCUGGUGUAUGCCCCUCAUCUUCUCAGCAGGUGUCUGAUCGCUGCUGAGAGAGCUGGUUGUUUGUUUCCAGGUUGGAAGAUGAUCAGUACCCAUUGGAGCGAGACCACGUGACCAGGUAGGACAGUCGGCUUCUGCUUGGUUUGAAAAAGACAGAUCUGGUAGAUCUGAAUUACCUAUUCCCUGCUAGGUAGACUAGCACAAUUUUUGUAGAGCCUGUCUUGGCCUCUGGUUCUACGUGCAGAGAUUCUACUUGCGCUUGACAACUGACCUGUGCUGAAUGGUCAUUGCCCUGACACUGAAAAUUAAGUGCAUGUCUUCGAGCAAAGUAAAAUAUUGACAUUCUAUGCAACAACCGCGAGCAACUAUAAUAAAUUCACCAAAUAUCACAAAGCUACAAGCUCUGUAAAAUUUAUUUAUUGCAGGAUCUCUGGAUACCUAACACCUUUUCUGGAUGAUAAGAGAACAUUGUCUGUGAUACAUAUGCUCCUAUGAUUUUUUUUUUGUUCAAUGUUUGGCUUUGUUAUAUUCAUUGAAACCUGCAUAUUUGGUGAAUUUCUUUAGACUUUAUGGAGUUGUUGCAUUUCAAUCUUGCACUUGUUUCUUUUAAAUUAUACUUGCACUCUGCAUACAGCAAUAUAAUAUUGAAAUCUAGUUUCAUGUGCUUUGUACCUUGAUAACUUUUGCAUCUUGUUUUUUUUUUUUAUGUGGCUUUUGAUGGGGAAUGUGUCUUUUACGUUGCGCAAUUUAGUGAAAACAAAAUUGUCAGAAACCGUACACAUACAUGUACAUCAGAUAUAUAUACAUGCACAGCAAUAUAUAGAUACAGUUUUAGAUUGAUAGUGUGUGACUAUGUUACUGGUUGUGUACAUGGCAGUAACAAUAGCAGCAUCAGGUCCAAACAUUUUAGAGAUCAAUGUCCCCGAAUGCCAUGCAAAAUUUGGUUGAAAGACAAAAAAUUCUACGUUGCUAAAUCCCACAUUGCUCUGUAUAUCUCUUAACUAGUUUAGUUGUUUUUUAGAGCCGUGCCCUAAAUUCCACUGUCAGGCUGUCAUUUAACAGAUUGAUGUUCUGCAGGUCUUUUCAAAAAGGCUAAAGGAAGAAAGCUCUGCAGAGCUGUGACAUCAUUAAGGUUGAAAAUAAGAAGGCAGCUACUCCACACUCAUGGAUUGUUAGUGUUGACAUGUCACAGCUGUAUAUACACUGUUCUUUCCAACAAGUUACUGUUAACUGCACUUGCACUUCACCCUUCUUUGUGAGCAGCGCACAUACACAUACAGUCAUGCUCUUUGUUUAAGUCAUUCAAGGGACUAAGAAUGUAUAUAUAUGCAAAGCCAGUUCGCUAAUAAAACGUCUUAACAUUAACGUAUUGAUGUUAACCUGCCGUAUGACUAAAAUACCUUAUCUUAAACUCUUUCAGCCAAAUGGCUUAUGUUCACCAGUGUAUAUGUUUAUUUAAUCAAAGUAUUAAUCUAAUCGAAAGAUUCAUGGCUGGAAAAAAGAUAACACAUGUUGCUCAAUGAGAAAGAAAUAUGAAAAAUAAUCACAUGAAAUUUAAGUUCCUUAUUAGUUCAACUAAAGCCUACUAAUGUUAAACAGUUGUAACAUUAAUAGACUGGGCUUAGUUGUUUGUAUUUCCUCAUUUAUUUAAAUCUUUGAUUAAGUAAAUAUUCUAUAAAUAUCGGUGUAUAUGUGGUAACAUUUUUGCUUUUGUUGUCUUGUUGAUAUAUAACAUGGACCUGUCUUUAAAAAUAACUUAACGUUAAUGAACAGACCAUAGAAAAGUACAGAAUAUGCAUGUCAUUUUGUAGAUUGCAUUCCAACCAGCCUGCUGGGUAGUAAGUAUCAUUGGAUGGGAUAGAGAGUGUGUAUAGGUGACAUAAUGAUCUCACCCUAUUUCAUGUCUUAAUCUUCUACCACAUAGUUUAGGUAAAGGGUUACUCCAAGCACCAUGACCAGUUCAGUGAUUUAAAGCGAUCAUGGUUCUUAGGCAGUCUGUAUGCACAGCGUUUUCUUAUAAAAUGCUACACGUACCGAGUUUAACACCUUUUCUACCAGAGGUGGCGUUACAUUGUGGCGUCAUUAGCCAGUACCCAGAACAAGAGUUCCAAGUUGGCUAAUGUCAAUUCUGUGCACAUUUCUGUGCACAGAGGGUCAUUCAUUGGCUGAGAGUGAUCCAUUGCAAAAUGGUUUGCCCUUUACCGGAGAACUGCACCAGGGUACUUUGCAAAAUCUUAACCACCACAGCGAGUACUGGUUAUGAUACUUAGGGAACUCCUUUAAGGGGAAACCUCUGAGCAACCCUACAACGUUUGGUAGUGUUCAUGGAUCAUUUGAAUGCUGACAUUCUGGUGUUUGUUAAACCGUUUUGAGCUGUUCCAUAAAAAGAAGCGCUCACAUGGCACCCGAAACCCACAUCUUCAGCUGACACUUCAGUAAUGAGGAUUUUAACUUCCUCACCGUCAAUCAAAGUUUGGAUGGCAAUGAUAAGCUAUGUGCAUUGGGCUAGUUUGUCUUCACAGCCUAUCAUUGCCUCUGUAAUUCCUGGUGCUAUAGCUCAGCUAGAUACAUUGAGUUCAAAACGUAGAUAAAAGAAGCAUAGUUCUCUGGUUAGUAAGUAAACCCACAAGGUACCAACCCUUGCUCUGCUAUUUGAUGUAAAGUUGUUUUACCAGACAGGUCCAAUUUAAGUUUGCCUAGCACACACUUAACACCUCUGUUGUUUAAUGGAGAUAUAAUCUUGUCUUGUUUUCUUUCUCUCUUUUCCUGGGUGCCGCACUUCUCUCUUUAUUCUUCACCAGGACUAGAAAAACCAACAGAGCUAAGACCAGUAUAUAAUGGAGGAUCUGAAAGUCAUUACUUUGGCACCACAAAGCAUGGACAUCUUACACAUGGCUUUCCAUUUGGGGAAGGGAUUGCAAAACCCUAGCAAUAAGAAUAGGCAUUGCAAUCUAAAAUCAAAUGGAGAACCAACCAUGCACAGAUUAACACCAGGGUGGCCUUAUAUCUUCUUUAUUACAGGACACCUAUGCAAAAUGCAUUCGGCAGGGUUUAAAUUAUUCCUAUGCAGCUCUGCAGCAUGUAUUUUUUUUAAUAAAUGCCUUGUAAUAAACAUGAUCCCAGCCACCCUAUACAGCACUGUACUGAUAUACUGAAAUGCAGAGAUCCUCCAUAGUGAACGUGUUGGUUGAUCAGGCAGUUAAGGAGCAUGGAUUGUUGCUGUACAAGUCACAACCAAAUAAUCUGUGUACAUUGGCCAUACAUGGCAGGCAGCACUAAGCAGUCAGUGUAUCUGUGUGUCACACUACAUUUGAUGGGGCAUACAGAUACACCCUGCCACUUGCUGACAGGUCCUGUAUGGAGAAACGCCCUAUGUACACUACGCAUGAAAAGCAGUCACCAGUGUUUUUUCAGCAGAUAUCCAACUUAUGUAUCUCCAUUACGUCUCUUAAGAUUUAAUGGCACACACAAAAUUAGAAAUUGAUAUAUUUUUUUAAGUUGAUAUAAUAUUUUUGGUCUUGGAAACAUUUUCUGAUUUAAAACCAUUUGCUGCCAUGGACCACUGCAAAGGCCUUGCACUAUAUUGUCUUGCAUGGCCCUCUGGAAGUACCUUGUACCAAGGUCCCCUUUGCACAGUGGCUGCACCCUGACAUUAGCUUGCCAGUCACAUGAUAAAGCAACUUCAGGUUAAAUACGUCUGUCUAGCUCUGAAUGGGUUCACAGUGUAAAUGCAUUUGCAGCCCAGCAGCAAAUGGUGCAAAAUAUAUACCUAAGCUUGAAUUUCAACAUUUUCAAACUAAACCUGAAAAGAAAACUCUAAUCAGAAGUUGGAGUGUUUUAGAUGAACAUGCCAAGGACAACCAAAUCAUUAGCAAGACCUGAAAUGAAGCAGGAAACCAAAAGUAUGGAGUAUGAAACUAAUUUGGAAGCUGAACAGACACUGACUGCCACAAAGAUUCUUGUACACACACAUCCUCUCCUUCUCACUGCCGACCCCUCACACGUGUGUGCGUGUUGGGUUGCGGGGACCGUGUCUCUGGACGGCUCUGCUUGGUGCUGAUUCUUAUACUCUUCCGUUUUUUUCUCCUGCUCUGAUUCUGCUUUCAGAGAGAAUCACAGUGAAAUUGAAAGACGUCGGAGGAAUAAGAUGACACAGUACAUCACAGAGCUGUCCGACAUGGUUCCCACCUGCAGUGCCCUCGCACGCAAACCUGACAAGCUCACCAUCCUGCGCAUGGCCGUGUCCCACAUGAAAUCCAUGAGGGGAACAGGGAAUAAAUCCACGGACGGAGCUUAUAAACCCUCCUUCUUAACCGAACAGGUGCUGCUGCUCUGUGAAAUCUCAUUACUGCACGCGUGUAGUGAAUGCCAUAAAGGGCUAACAUGUGGACCAUUCUGUUAUAACAGAUAAACUUUACUUUAGUAACUGAAUUACACUUUCACCAAUGACAGCUAUGAGAUGUUUGCAAUUCAGUUGCCAGAUUAUCUCUUGUAGUAGAACGUAGCCCAAUUAGUGCAGUGUAAACCCAGUCCACCUUAGAAUGGUUUGAAUAAAGAAAUAGAGUAGAACAAGUUUAAUAUGAGCCAGAUUACUGACAAACGAUACAUGCAGAUUGACAUUGUGAAUAGUUAGGACAAUGUGUGUCAAUUGUACAAUAAAUCAAACUCCAUCAUUUAUUUCAUAGUUCACUGGUGCAUAGAUUAAUUACACCACUACUAGUGAAUGUUCAGUCAGUGUGUUCCCCCUAAGAACUUUUUAACGAAAGGUUUAGAACUAAGAUAUUUAAGUAAACAGAACACCCUACAGCACAUAGGUCCUCAAUGUAGAUUGGAGAGGUAGGUAGUUAAUUGAAAUUCCUCUUUUAGCUGUAUCACAAUAAAAUCUUCAUUUGGAACACUGCUUACCCGUCAUAGUUUAGUACCAGUGCUCUACAGCUGCUGAUGUUGGACUGCAGCUCCUGUAAUAUUCAUAUAGUCUCAGAUGCUGCCAGCUUUGGGCAUCCUCCAAUUCCCAACAUUAAAUUCCUGAUUGUCAUGUGAGUAACUAGUGCAUUGUGGCAUUAAAAGAGUUGGAAAUUGCAGUAGAAUGCUCUCUUCGUGUCAUUAAUGGUUACUCUGUGGUGCUGUAGUUGCUGAACGCUACAUUUCGGAUAAAUUCUCAGCCACAGUGCCAUACGCUAGCCAUCACUGACUCUUUCAUAAUCAAUACCAAAUAUUCAGUUAGAAUUAAUUGUUAUUAAAAUAUGCUGAUAUAUAUAAUCUGUGAAAGGUUUGUAUAUAAAUCACUCAUCUGUCUAUCUAUCUAUCUAUUUAUCUAUCUGUCUAUCUAUCUAUUUAUUUAUCUAUCUCAUCUGUCUAUCUAUCUAUCUCAUCUGUCUAUCUAUAUAUCUAUCUCAUCUGUCUAUCUAUUUAUUGAUAUCUAUCUAUCUGCUAUCUAUCUAUUUAUUUAUAUCUAUCUAUCUGCUAUCUAUCUAUGUAUGUCUGUCUAUCUAUCUAUUUCUAUAUAUUUAUAUCUCUCUCUAUUUUAUUCCUAAUGUCAUAUAAAGUGCUUUAUAUUCAUCAUUUUGGGAUGUCCCAGUUCAUUUGCUCAUUUAAAGUGACCCUUUAGGCACAAGGCCAUUUCCCUCAUAUUUUCUUUCCUUAUCCCAGGAGCUAAAGCAUCUGAUACUAGAGGCCGCCGAUGGAUUUCUUUUUGUGGUGACAGCAGAAACUGGGCGAGUGAUCUACGUAUCUGACUCUGUCACCCCAGUUUUAAACCAGCCUCAGUCGGAGUGGUUUGGGAGCACUUUGUAUGAGCAGACACACCCAGAUGAUAUAGAGAAACUCCGGGAACAGCUGUGCACCUCAGAGAACUCCAUGACAGGUCUGUCGCAUGUGUACUGCAUGAUUGCAAAAUGGUUCUAGAUAUUAAUAAGAAGAAGAAUAUUUAUUGAAUAUUGCAUGUAUGGAAGAUGUGCAUAAUUCAAACCGUUUCAAAAUGCAUCCAAUACAAUAGAAAACAUUGUACAUUAUGGAUACCUAUACAAGGCUUUUAACAUUAAUUUAUUUAAUUAAUUAUUAUUUUCUAUUUUUGCAAAAACACCAUCCCUCAUCCACCACAUCAGGUGACAUGUCUGCUUUUACAGUGACUCUUGGACGUGAGGUGGGAGAUAUUACCUAAACCGUUUCACCUUCAGCUCCUGGUGGCUUCACAAGCCAGGAGCCUAUUUCACAAAUGUUCCCAGUAAGCAAACACAAAACUAUGGAAAAUGGUGCCCAUAGAAUGUCCUUUGAGAUCACUGAAUCCUCCAUAGAUGAUCUUGUUCAUGCAAAAUCAUGUGUCAUAAGUAUUUAUCACUCUUCAGUCAAAAACAAUGCUUUAUCACAUCUGCCAUUCCUAAUGAUGACUUAUGGGAAAUGGCAAGAUGUGACAGCAGAAGCUGCUUGGAGCUUUGUUCUUUUCCACAUUUCACUGUAAACGGUUACUUACAUCAAAGAAAGUAAGUCCCUCCUUUGUCUCUCGUAUAUCUUCUGAUUGAGUUCCAAUUUCACUGAAACGCCAUCACUUUGUCACAGAGAGGUGUAGUGAUGUCAUGAGGUACCCUGAGACAUUUAUUUGACAGACUACAGGUAUUUUGCUGAGGAUUUCUUCUAAGGACUCUUUAAUUUUAAUUCCAAAAAUAUCCAUUCUUUAUGAGUAGGCCAGAAUACCAAAAGGUCUAAAAUUGGUAAGGAAAUUGCAAUAUCUAGGCCAAAGUAGCUGAUUUUGGAAAAAGAGUAGUGUGAAGGAUUUUCAUGUACUUACUGGUGUGCCUUCAGUUAUACCCUCUCCCUGCUGUUCAAAUACUUGUAAUAGUUAGUUUCAGUAUGUAUUGAGUAAAUGUAUUCGUCUACCGAACAGAGACCACCCGCCCUGGGUAGCAAUCAGCGUUAGAAUGUAGAGGAAACCGCAACUUAAUUGCUCCUAGGUGGCCGCCAUUCGGCAUACGAACAUGUGGCGAGAACAAAGGAUGGCGGCCAUCUUAAAACUCACGAAUGCGGUCAGCGGGGCUUACGCAUGAAUUGCCUGGAACUAUUUUCGGCACGGCAAACAUGCAAACGCCCGGUCCUCAUGGAAGUCCUGGAUGAAUACGUUCCCCUCCACGAAUCAAACUGGCAUUCGGUAGAUAGAACCUACCGAACGAGGGGAACAUUCGCAUGUAACCAACCGCACCAUACAAACUGUGGUUUUCAUGUAGUUAGACGCGAACGGAGACCGGCUCUUGCUACUGAGUUCAUGGAAUUCUAAAUCGGAUUCCUCCACAUGGCGAGCCGGUCAAACUUCCACACGAUGCGACACGGAAAGUACCGAAAGGGAAAUUCGUGAGAUUUGUAUAUGUGACUACCAGUAACCUCAGCUACCCAGGGAUGUGAAUGUUAUAUUUGUAUGUAUUAUAGAAAGUAAUUUUCUGAAAAUGUUAUAAAUUGUAAUGUUUUUGGCCAGCAGAUAAUUGAGCUUAGUAUAUUGCUGAAACUCAAUUAUCUAGCCUGGCCCAGAGGAGGAGUCUGUUACUGUUUAAAUUGAAUGCCUGUUGCUUUCAGUAAAUCAGUCUUGUUCCAGCAUUAAGCUUUGGCUCAUGUGUGGAUUAUUCGGCGAUACCAGGGAUAUUUCUUCUUGUGGAGUAUUGGGUGAUUUUCUUUUAUGGGAAGAAGGGAAUACUUGACGGUGAUACCCCAUACUACCGUCACAAGUAGAAUAAGAUAUUUUUCCAGUUUGGCUAAUUAGACCUAGAUAUUGUCAUCACAAUUCACUUUUUACAGGGUUAUUCACUACAGUGAGACAAAAAGUUGCACAAUUAGUGAACAGAGAGUAAGUUCCCUCUUGUGUGUUUUCUCACAGACAAUUUACAUCUCUGCAGUAUAUUACUAAAGUGUUUGGUGGAAACGUUCCCACGAACAAGGUCCAGGGUAAGAACAUUGACUGUUUGGUAGUUUGUUCGGUUUUUAAACUACCGAACUAGACCGACCGCAAGCCCUGAUUCUCUGGAACUGUUUUGGGCAUGGGACCAUGCGUGCUGUAGGCCAAAUUAUGACUUCCAGGAAAUUCCCGAACCCCUGAACCGAUUUGGGUUAUUUUUAAAUAUGUUGGUCACUCAGUUCGGGGCUAUCAUGGGAUAUAACUUUUGUGAGGGUUUUGUGUGUUUAAAGGUAUUUUUGGGGUUUUGUAAAAAAUUAUGUGUUCUGUGCCUGGAGAUAAUUGAAUUUAAUACAGUGCCUGACUUAAUUAUCUCUCAGGCACAGAGGAGGGAUUAUAUUGUUUUAUGUGGGAGUGUCCUGGACCUAAGAGCCAAUGUAAUCGUGUGUAUGUUUUUACUGUAGUCUACUCUCAGGUCAAGGUCCAGAGGAGUGCAGUGCCCCUUGCAUGUGCAUAUAAGGCCAGUUGUGGCUGCCCAUAAACAAAUUCCUGCUUGCCCUCAACAUAGUCUCAUCUCAUGUGUGGGGGGAACAGCUCUAUCACUCUGGGGAUUGCUAUAUCACUAGCUUCCACUGUGAUUACAAUCAUUUGCUCUUUUACGAGCAUAUUGCUACACUUUCUUGGAGCCUACCCACUGGAAGCUGGAUCAUUGGUCUUGGGUCCAGGGUGGGUGGAGGACAGCGAGUCCCCAGCCAACCUGUAGCCCUGGAAGUGGGGACUACAGUGCUGAUGGUGUCUGGUGCGGUGCUUGUGGUACUCGGUAAGCACUAGGGAGCAGCGAUUGGCGGAGGCGCCCAGUCGGAGUGCCCGGCGGUCCGCCACAGAUCUCAUGCAUAUUCUUGAUUUUCAUAUGAAACUACAUUGUCAUAGUUACAUCCAUCACUCUUCCCAGUUAUGCCUUAUGGGAAAAUCCAGCUUCUCAGUUCAUCCAUCCAAGUAUGUGUGCUGUGUCGUAAUGCACUUCCUGUGCACACUGUUCACGUCAAAGCCCUUUACCUGCUGGAGCUGUACUGUAAGUACACUCUUGCACAGCAUAGUUCGCCUCACUGUCUGACUCGGCACACAAAGAUUUCUGAGGACUGUGUGGCCUGCAUGUGCCCUCAUAGAACUGCUCACACAAGUAAGAGUGGUUGAUUUGAAUGCUGGGAGAAGGCUGUACCUACCCUUGCUCUGGAAAUAUUUGGACACCUAAAUGAGGAGGCUAGAUGUGAUGACAGUGGGAAAAGGGAAAAGUGUGGCGCUCUGAAACCCCUAGUAAUGACUAAUAAGCAAGAGUAUGCGUGGGAAUUAAAGGCAGUAGUGGUUAUCGUUUUUGGAGUUAUAGAAUUACAUAGCUGAAAAGAGACUUGCAUCCAUCAAGUUCAGCCUUCUUCACGUUUGCGUGUCCUUUUAAUAUAUCUAACCUAUCACAUUUAAGAAGUAAACCUUAGGAUUCAUUAAUUUAGCUUAGGGCAUACAGAAUUUGAUACGAAAAUUCAGACAGUAACUAUAUACACUGUGCCAAGGCCACAGCCAUCAGUCUUUAGUUCAUACAAACAUAUCAUUUCCCCCUAUGCUUUAACAGGAUACACUGAGAUAUAUCACAGGGAAUGUAAUGGCUCAUUGCAUUCCUCCCUUUUAAGACACCUUUAAGAAAUGCAUUUGUGACUAUAAAUCUUAGCUAUUUUGACACCUAAGAAUUCAAGCCUACUUAUUAUAAGAACACUGUGUUAUGGCUGUAGUGAUACUAACUAUGUCUCCUAAUAGUUCUUAAUCUAGUUUUGGAAUCCCAGCAAAUUAUACAUAACAAGCAAUUUAUACUAUCCCAUAGCAAUACAAUACUGCAGAAUGGAUGCAAAUUAUUCUUCAUUAUACUCCAGGUCUGUUUUUAAUCAUUCACAUGUUCCGUGGAGUCUACAAAUAAAACACGAUAAUAGCCUUAAAAGUAUUAUCUUUUGGUUCCUGUCCAGUAAUCAUUUCCGUUACCUGCUGCUUAUAAUGGCUCCGUGAGCAUAUUAAACACCUGUUGUUGUUUCACGCUGAGAAAGAGGCAGGAUUCUUAAUAUAUGGGCAUAGAGGAGAAGGCCAUACCAGGGAGAGCACUCCAUCCACACUGCUUGCUUCCUACAGUGCACUACAGGGCUCUGGCAGUAGAGAGUUCCUGACAGUUCAGAACAGUCCAGGUUUAGAGUUACAUGGCUUCUUCCUGCAGUUUGUUAUGGCAGAUGUUUCGCUGGAUCUAAUUCUGCUUCUCUUCAGAUUAAAAUAUUUGUUCACCCUGCCUUGUUUUGCUUCCCCCGUUUGAUAGUACUUAAAAAUGUUUAUAGAGUUCAGCAACUUUUCACUCGUUUGUUUUAUUUUUGUUUUAAUGUUUCCGAGCGGACAGACAUUUAAAAAAAAAAGUUUAUUUUUCUUUUUUAACUUGGAGAUAAAAAAAUCCUCAAUUUUCCUGCAAGGGCAAGGCAACAUUCCUUAUCAGCUGGAUGCUUGUACAGUCAAAUAGUAGUGUUCUUUGUGUGUUCGUUUCUGGUCUCUUCGUUCUAAAUGACUACCAUAUUAAAUUGUGCUCCCCAUUGACAGAUUGUAAAAUGCGUCUCUUUACCAUUAACCAUCUUAUGUGUUUUAGAGAGAGAGAGAUUACUGUGUUCACUGUGGUUCUACCUAUAUGUGAUACUGUGAUGGGGAUGCUUUGUAGGACCAGAAGUAGCAAGCAAUGUGCCCUCAGCUACAACCACUUCAGAGCUACUUUUUACAUAGUUAGCAGAGUGAAGCUGCUGAAUUUAGUUUUUGGGUUGUCACACUGUCCCAAAAUGCCAUAAGAUGCCAAUAUCAACGCAUACACAACAUAAACGUUUCCUGACUUUUGUACAACAGCAGCCACUAUUCAGUAGUCAACAGUUUUUUUUCAUUUUUUCCCCCCUUUUGCAUUAUUAUACCCCACAUCCCUCAGACUGCAGGCUUAUUAGGACACGACCCUCAUCACAUCUUUCUCCUGCAAGUAAAACUUGUUGUAUUGCAGAUUGCUGUAUGUUUUGUUUAUUCAGUAGGCAGCGCCACAGUAUAUGUUACCGCAACAUAAAUAUUAAUAUUUUAAUAUUUCUUUAAUGAUUCUCACCAUAUUGUCACAGUAAUACCCAUACUUUCUUCAGCACUUGAAAAAGUGUAGAUUUUAUUAUUUACAAAUUGAGAAAUGGAAACUUGGCAUUUAAAUGAUACAUGUUAUGAUUGCUUGGUUAAAAUAAUCAAGUGAAAAUUUCACUCACUUUAUAUGCCAUUUGGUAGUGUAAAUAAACAACAUUGGACAUUUAAAGGGACACUAUAGUCACCAGAACAACUACAGCUUAAUGCAUUUGUUCUGGUGAGUAGAAUCAUUCCCUCCAGGCUUUUUGCUGUAAACAGUGUCGUUUCAGAGAAUAUGCAGUGUUUACAUUACAGCCUAGUGAUAACUCCACUGGCCACUCCUCAGAUGACUGCUAAAGCUGCUUCCUUAAGCAGUCCUGCCUAGUGUGCAUCACAACAUUCAGUGUGUCCACCCUCUGCAUGCAGACACUGAACUUUGCUCACAGAGAUUCAUUGAUUCAAUUCAUCUCUAUGAGAAGAUGCUGAUUGGCCAGGGCUGUGUUUAACUUGUGCUGGCUCUGCCCCGAUCUGCCUCCUUGACAGUCUCAGCCAAUCCUAUGGGGAAGUAUUGUGAUUGGCCCAGACCACCACUUGUGAUGAUGUCAGCAGACAUGGGCAGUUCACAGGCAAACAGGAGCAGAGCCAGUAGCUUCAGACUUGAAUACAAGUAAGAUUUUACUAUAUUAAGGGUGGCAAGAGGGGGGCCAAGGGGCUAGAUGUUGGUUUUAACACUAUAGGGUCAGAAAUAUAGGUUUGUGUUCCUGCCCUAUAGUGCUCCUUUUACUCAUGGGUAACAUGCUUGCUUCUUCUUUUCUUUUUAUUUCAAAAGCUUUUUUAUUGAGCAUUGCAAACAUGAGAUAAUACAAGCGAUAAAGAUAUGUCAAGCAAUCUGGACACGCAGGUCCGAAUAUCAGUACCAUAGGCGUGCGCACGGGGUGUGCCUGGGCACACCCUAAUCCCUGCGGCACGCCUAUGUAUUGAGACCGGCAGGAGAGAUCUCAGGAUAUCUAUCCGAGCGCCGCCUCUGCUCUCAGCCUCCCUCCCCACCGACCCACAUGCAGGGAGGGAGGCAGGAGAGGACCCGGGGAGCUAUUGCCGGCAGCUCCACCGGGUUCCUCUCGCGAGAUCUGAGCGUUGCUGCGGCAACGCUCAGAUCUCGUGAGAGUGAACUCUAGCCCCACAGAGGACCACCAGGUAAGGCUACAUAAGGUGAGAGGGGAGGGAGGAUAUUAAGUAACGUACCCACAGACAUACAGCACCCACACACAUACAGCACCCACAGACAUACAGCACCAACACACACACAGCACCUACACACAUACACAGCACACACACACAUACACAGCACCCACACACACAGCACCCACACACACAGCACCCUCAAACACAGCACCCUCACAAACACACACAGCACCCUCACACACAACACACAAACAGCACCCUCUCACACACACAGCACACUAACAGGACCUUAACAAACACAUACACAGCACACUACCAGUACCCUCACACACAAACAGCACCCUCACACACAGUACAUUAACAGCACCCGCAAAAGCACGCACACACACAUACAAACAGCACCCUCACACACAGUACAUUAACAGCACCCUCACAAGCACCCACAUAGCACACUACCAGCACCCUCACACACACAUCACACUAACAGCACCCUCACACAGCACACACACACAGCAGUGUAUGUGUGUGUGUAUAUAUGUGUGUGUGUGUGUAUAUAUAUAUAUAUAUAUAUAUAGUACACAAGAUCCAGCGCACUCACCUAUCCACUAAACUGCAACUUCAGUGUUGAAAGAUUUUAUUUGUUUUUUUUAAAAACACCUAAUCUAGGCAAAAAUAAUGGGGGUUUAGUUACAUUAUAUGAUCAUACAUUGCAUAAGCCUGCCACAACGUCAAUAUACCCCUAUCUUUGGCAGGUCCUACACUAACAGCCUAAUGUCUGCUCUUAUGAGAUUAACCUACUUGGGGGAAAAAAUUCCAUCUGGGGCUCUCUGCAGUAUAAGGCUAAAUAGGACCCUGGGAUGAGGCACCUGUGACAGGGAGGGAUGCAAAACCAAGGAGUUGGCUAGACUCCCAAAUAUAUAUAUAUAUAUAUUUGAAACAAGAGGGGGUUGGCUGCACUCACCUGAACAUGCAUAAAUGGGGGUGCUGCUGGGGGCCAAAUAAUACAAUACACAAGAUCCAGCGCACUCACCUAUCCACUAAACAGCAUAUAUAUAUAUAUAUAUACGCGGCGUGUGCUUGUGCUUUAGGGUGCACACCCUAAUGCAAUAGGCUGCGCACGCCUAUGAUCAGUAUCCGUACAAUUGAGUUACACAAUGUUAUUCUUCUGUUUAUACGUCUAUAGUACGAGCCUGGAAUUGGCGAAACGUACAUUGUAACUGUAUAAGGACCAAGGGGGCAUCGGAAAUGACAUUUGGUAUCGCUAGGCUAUUUUGUUGCACUUAUUCUAUCCGACAAAAACCAAUAGGUAUCACCGAAUCAAUUUAGCGCAAUCUAUAUACGCAUAAUGCAUCAGUAAGUGUGCGGAGUAUCUGCUAGCCAUCUGUCCAUAAAUUUGGAGUUUCAGCUCCCAUGUCUUAGCUGGAGGCGGUGGUAAAAUCUUGAAAAAAUACCCAAAGGUAAUCUACUAUACAAUGAUAACAGAGAAAAACAUUUCAAUAAUGUUGAGAAAAAUGCGAGUGAAUAAAUUGAUAAUUAGUCACGCUCACAAACCAAUAUUGAUUGUAGGCAUAUCCUCAAAUUAUAGUAGCUUAAGGACUUGUGGAGCAUCAUGGCAAAUAUAGAAGGGAAAAAAGAAAAUAAUAGUGCAAAGUAUCUUUAUAAAAUUACACUUUUUAAUAAAAAGGCACACUUACAAAUGAAAGUGUCAAAUAAGCACAUCAGCAUAAGUAUUCACAGGUCACAGGAUCCCAGGAACAGGAGAACCAGGAGACAUAAAAUAAAUAAAUAAACAAACAAACUCUGUACACUAAACAGCAGCCCUACGUGUUUCGUUCAAUGUCCUUUGAACUUCAAGGACAUUGAACGAAACGCGUAAGGCUGCUGUCUAGUGUACAAAGUUUGUUUGUUUAUUUUUAUGUCUCCUGGUUCUGCCCCUGAGGAAGUUCAAAGGACAUUGAACGAAACAUCCCAUAUAGCCAAGGAUUGUCGCCUCUAUCUUUAGUUUCACAUCUCCCCAGAAUGGUACAAUGGGUGGGCAUUCCCACCAUAUGUGUGUUAUCGUUCCCAGUACCUCUCCACAUCUCCAGCAAACGUUCGGUACAGCCAGGAAAAUUCUAUGUAAGCUGUCGGCCGUCCUGUACCAGAACGACAGGAAUUCAUAAUUGGAUUCUUGAUAUUUGGAGCUAGGAGAUCCUUUGUGGAGGAGUAUGGGUAUCUUCUCCCACUGAGCUUCAGUGAUAGAUUUAUCUAGGAUAUGCUCCCAUUGCCGGCGGAACGUGUCAUUGCUUUCCAGGUGUCCCACCAGGAGGCGGUGGUUUUGCCAUCACAUAGACUUUCUAACCAUGUAAGGUCACGAUGUAGUGUGUCUUUAUUCGGUAACUUCUGGUAAAAAGUUUUGGCCUGCGUGUAUCGGAAUGUGUGCAGGCUAGAUGGAGGGUUGCCUCCAGUCAGCUCCAGCAGCGUCAUCAUGCCCGUGUUGUUUAAUAGCUUUCAGAUAGGAAGAGAAUCUCCCCCGCCGAGGAAAUCCCACGAUUGGGGUGGUAGCCCACCCCCUAUUUGAGGAUUGUGUUGGAGCUGGAUCAGUGGGCUAAAUGUGUAGCUCCUCUGAUGCCAUCCCAUGUCUUCAGCGUGUUGCCACUGUAGAAGUCAGGUCCAGCUCCACUUGUGCGGGUCUUUUCGAGUUUCACACUGCUGUGAGGAGUGAGAGCCGCAGAUAUCCUUUAUCAAGUGCAACCCAUUGUUUAUGUGUUGGAUGAGUGUCGGUAAAUAUCCUCUGGAUCACACUUUAGUGGAUAUGCCUGUUAGAUUAUCACUUCCCGCUUGGUCUUCUCUAAGCCAUAUGAUCUGUACCAUUACAGCACAUUCAUUAUUCAGGACUCAUGCACUGUUAUCUACUAAAUCGAAAACUGUUGGAAAUUAAAAGUGGAUUUCAAAAUUUAGGCCAAAAUAGCCAAAUUUCCCCUAGUCAACUCUGUGCUCAGUUUGGCUACUUUGGCCUCGAAUUUGAAAUUCACUUUGAAUUCCUGGCAAUUCUCACUGUCAUAAAUAUACCUGGCAAUGUGUAGUUGACAUUGCCACAUAAUAUUUGUUAGUGGUGAGAGUCUUCCUUUUAAAUUCUGCUUUUUACAAUUUUCUUUUUUGGAGAGCUAUCAAACACCUGCCAAGUAGCCUCUGGUUUCCUUGUUGUUUUUCCUGUGCCCUCAUCUGGCUUUCAGAUUUCCUUGGCGAUUUCUUAUAACCCGUUCCAGUAUUUAAAAACAGUUUGUACAUAAAUGAUGCGUAAUAAUAAAAUACUGUUAUUUACAGCUGCCAUCCUGCACUUUUCUGCAAAUACCUUUAAUUUUAGUGGUCAUACUAUUCCUUUCAAAUCUGGCUUUUCUUUUUUUUUUUUCUUGCCAGGAAGAUGUUUGGGGGAGGAGGGUGGUUGGAUUUUUUUACAUCAUAGUUCCAGUUAUUCAGAAUGUUUUCGUGAAGAGCCUUAAAAUUAUAAAAUAUACUUUUUUUUGUACUUAAUUAUAAAAUAAACUUGGAUAUUUCAUGUUGCUAGUAAUCCUUUACUUUUCAUUUAAAACAUGUUUAUUGUUACUGUUGUUAGUAAAGGCUUAUUAACCCCUUAAGGGCACAUGGCGGCAAUAUUCCAUCAUGAUUCCCUUUUAUUUAUGACGUUGUGUCCUUAAGGGGUUAAAGGAACACUCCAUUAACAUUUUUGUUUCUAAUUUCUUUAUUUAUGUAUUUUUUUGCAUGUUUUUUUGGGGGGGUAUAAGUAAAAAAAAAAAAAAAAGUAUUCAUUCUGUGCUGGGGAAUACACCAAUCGGAGACUUAUCAUCUGUGCUAGAGCCUCAAUCUCACAUGAGCCCAUGGUUUUCCAAUGCUUCUCAGUAGCAUUCUUUAGCCUAGAACGCCUGACACUUCCAUUGAUUGACAGCCAGGGUGGAUCAGUUAUGAUGCUUGGACUGCUCUUUUAACCUCUAGAGCAAAAAUAAUAAUUUCAUAAAUUUGUGUUGGAUUUCAUAAAUUGUAUAUUUUGUACUUUUUGGAAUGCCUUUACUAAUAUAUUCAUGUCACAUCUGCUAGAUCAGUGAUGGCUAACCAUGCAGACGCAGGUAGAGUUCAAUUUAUUAUUAAAAUAAAAAAACUAAAAAAAAAACUUAAAGGGGCACUAUAUGCAGCUAGAGCACUUAAAGGGACACUUCUGCCCCUUGGAGUGGUCUGGGUGCCAACUCCCAUCACCCUUAACUCUGCACGUGUAAUUAUUGCAGUUUUUAUAAACUGCAAUAAUUACCUUGCAGGGUUAAGUCCUCCCCUAGUUGCUAUCUAUACACGAAAAGUGUAUUAAACGACGCUGGAAGUCCUCGCUCUAUGCAUGAGGACCUCCAGCGUCGCCAGAAUCCCCAUAGGAAAGCAUUGAAUAAUGCGUGGAGCGUGGGCAGAGCCUGGCCCAGCGCCGAGGGAUAGCGGCGCUGGAUCCAGGUAAGUCACUGAAGGGGUUUUAAGUCAAUGAAGGGGCACUGCAGGGUCCUGCAGUGCCAGGAAAACAGAUAUGUUUUCCUGGCACUGGAGAGUCCCUUUAAACUCAUUGAAGUGGUCUGGAUGCAGGCCCUGCCCCCCUAAUUUUUGAGAAACAUUUACAUUGCAGUACUAAGUCAGCAUCUAAUGGCUGUCUACCAGACAGCUACUAGAGGUGCAUCCGGGAGUAUACCGGACUCUGGAUCCACUAAAUGACACUGGACAUCCUCACUCUGCAAAAGGACAUCCAGCACCAGUGAAAUCUCUAUAGGAAAGCUUUGCGUCAAUUAAUUUCUAUGGGGAAGACCUAACUUGCUCGCAACGCUUGCCUCGCAUGCACAUUAGAUCCCCCUAUUGGAGUAGGAGCGCCAACCCAGUGCCGAGGGACAUCAGCACUCCAAUUGAAUGAAUUAAUGCAGUUUUUUUUAACCCUUUAUCUGCUUUGGGGUGGGGGGCAGGAGUGGUUAGUGAUGAAGGCGGGUGCCAAAGGACAUCAUAGUGUUAGGAAUACAUAUUUCUAAUCACAACUGCUAACAAUUCCAUAGGUAGCCAGUUUAUCUGCUUUAUAUCCUCCCCAUUCAUUUUAUUUUAUCCCCUUUGUUGUAAAAUUAUGUCUCUUGGCAGCCUUCAAUGUGAGGUCAACUCAGGACAAGACAGUAAUUGGUUAUGCCAUAUUUGCAAACAAUAGCAGAAGAAGGCACAAAGUGGAGAUAAGUAAAUAACAACAUUUCUUAACUAGUAACUAGGGCAUAACUAGUAAGUUAUACAAGUAGUAAGUAAUCUAUCCAAAUUAAAAACAUACAAUAUGAUAAGUCCAGGUCAGUGAUUAACAGCUAUUAUUGAUACAUUGAAAGUGCAUGCUAUGAUUUGUAGUCAGUAGAAUGUGGUUGCUUGAUAUUAUCUGUUACUUACUGUUACCAAGAGGACUGUGAUUUGUAAUGUGCUCCGGGAUUUAUUGAUUAAGAAGGCACCAGUGACUACAAACAUGCCAGAUGUUGUUAAAAUAGCAGUUAGUUUAGUCCAGGAAUUAAGCUGCUGACAGGUAGAAUCUUAGAGUUGGACAGCGUUUGCACAAUUCUCUUAGCAGAACCAUUCUGUGCAGAGCAUAUUUUUCCUCCAGGUAUAUUGGUUGAAUAGAAUUGUCCCUCGAUAUAUAAUCUGAAAGUGACUGUCCCUUGAACUUCCAAAAUUGAACACAGCUGUACUCGACAUGUGUUCUCCUGACAUGAAGCACGCAUAACGGGAAAAGCGUUGGCACACGCUCGCAACAGCCACAUGUCACAGUGUCUUGGUUUUAUAACCUGAUUAAUUAACAAAAUGUGUAGCUGAAAUAUUAUAUGUCUUCAGCUACUGAAAGUCCAAAUGUAGUCAGAUGUGACAGUUCCUUAGGAGCAAGAAAGAAAAGUGUUAGAAAAGCAAUAAAUGGAAUGCGGGAAGUGCAAUAUUGUGCAUAUUCAGAGCCCCACGGGACUAGACCAGAAAGAUUAUUGCCAGACACAGUGAAAACAACUAUCAGAGCUGAAUUGGUCACCUAGCUUUUAAGUGUUUUCCACAUAAACAUCAAGAUGUAUCUAUUUCUUUAAAAAAAAGUUUACAUUCAUAUUUGGAACUUUAAAAGCUUUGAUGUUUAAAAAGAUAACAAAAAGAAAUAAAAAAGAAACAAUUUUAAUAGACAAACACAGUCUACCUGCUAUUUGAUUAAUCUGUGGCCUAAAUCUAAAUAAGCAUUUUUUUUUUUUAAAGAUCCUGUUGCUUAUGAAUCCCCACCCUCCAUGUUGACAGGAAAGGGGAGACCCCAUCCUAAAAUAAAUUUCAGGUUGACAGAAUUAAAUUGGCAACCUAUGCAUUAACGUCUGUUUUUCUGCUACUUGCGUCACAUUUGUGAACAUCCCUCACACACCUCGUGUUAUUUUGUAUAUUGCUGACUCGGCAUAGAGAAUGAUUGCAAUCUGCUAAAAUUCACUUCACUGGAAAUUUGUGAAAAGGAAAGGGUGGGACUGGACAAUACUGUUUUUCUUACCACCCUUUGCAGAUAUAGGCAGUGUGAGGGAUAACUAAUAAGAUUUAUACAAGAUGACUCAAUAUUAAUGACAGAAAGGGGGAACUGCGCACUGCAUCAUGUGUGUUCUGUCCGAGAGGUAAAAGUCAAACAAAUAAAUGCUUAGUUCUACAUGUCAGCAAUAUUAACUUGCUUGGCAAUUAAAAUGGAUACAAGUCUUCUCUCAAAUUCUAAUGAUAUACGUAGAGAGGGAGAUUGAGAACGUUCAUUUCUUUUUCCAUGUUUAAGUUUUUAUUAGUUUUUCAAUAAAAAAUACAGUAAAUGCAGUAAAAUAAUACAGGUAGUUUCAGGUGGCACAUAGCAAAGAUAGCGUAUAAAACAGCAUAAAUGGAGAGAGAUAAUUUCUACAAUAUCUCUUUAACUAUAUGUGCUGUAUUUCUUAGUUCUUGGUCACAGCUUUGUUUUGGCAGCUCUGUGUUUCCUCAGGCCUUGUAGGUCAACUUGUUUUAAAGGAACAGAACCUUCAGCCUACCAGGCCUGACAGCACCACCCCAGCAACAAGACUGUUAUCAAGUAGAGAUGUCGCGAACCGUCUGCGAACUUCUCGCGAACUGUUCGUGGCGAACUCCGGUCAGAUGACACAUCCCGGCCAAUCUCCAGCAGACCCUCCCUCCCAGACCCUCCUACUUCCUGGACAUCCUGGACAUCCAUGUUGAAGGCAGUUUGGAUGCUGUCCAGGAAGUAGGAGGGUCUGGGAGGGAGGGUCUGCUGGAAAUUGGCCGGGAUGUGUCAGCUGACCGGAGUUCGCAAGAAGUUCGCGGACGGUUCGCGACAUCUCUAUUAUCAAGAUGUAUAAAAAAGGGAACUCACGUUGGCACUCACUGGAUUUUAAUAAGAAAAAUGCUUUUUUACUUGCAUGAUUUUAAGCAUAAAAGAACAUCAUUGCAUAACUAAAUAUAACAUAGUAUGUGUAUUAAGAGAUCUUUACAGCUAAAAUAAAAUCACCAAAUCUUAUUUUCAAAUCAGAUAAUAUAUUGUGAGCCUUUUAAAUAACCCAUGCUCCUUUUACAGCCCUUUAUCAUGCUCCAACUUCUUCCUCUGUAGCUCUGACUCUAACUCCCUCUCACACUCACCUGUUCUCUCUCCUGGCAGGAUGUGUGGGCUCAGGUCAGCAAUAAAGAAACUCUGGCAUCACAUAGUGAUGACAUUAUUUUUUUUCCAAUGUGUUUUAUUUAAGCAUAUUUUGAAUCAUCCGUAUAAAAACAGAAUACAAAACAAAACAAGGGAUACAGAAGGAAAAAGGGGAAGGGGGGGAGGCAGCUUGCAUAGGUUACAUCAUACAAUACAAUAUGGUAGAACAAACUGUGGUAAUAAGUCAAUAUAGAAGAGACAAUUUACAUUUUGAUCAACAUGUUACAUAACGUUGAUGGUUAUACAAGUAAACAACUUGGUGCCAUAUAUAAUGAGCUGGAACACUUAACUCAGAGAGUAGGGGUGGGAAAACCCGGGGGGGGGGGUUGAUGACCGAUCUAUAGCCCCUGAUGAGGCUCUCCCUUUCUAUAGUCCACCCAUCUCUGCCACCGUGUUUUGUACCUACUUUGACUGCUGGUCAGCCAGCUAGCCAUGCGCUCGUAUGCGUGAGUUGAGUCUAGCCUGCCUAGGAUUUCUGGCAACGUUGGUGUCAGAGGGGACUUCCAUCUAUGCGCAAUGGCAGUUUUGGUGGCCAUUAAACAGUGAAUCGUGAAGAAGAUCGUUUCUUCAGGGAGCACUCUGGUGUCUGAGGUACUUUUACACCCAGAAUUUUAUGAAGAAGUGCAUGUAUAUCCCGCCAAAGCGUGGUGAUGUGUGUGCAUGACCAAAAUAUAUGGAAGAGGGACCCCUCGCAGUUGUGGCAUCUCCAACAUCGAUCGUCAGAUCCCGGAUAGAUAUGGGCCAGUUUAGUGGGGACUAGAUACCAGCGCAUCGUUAAUUUGCAGAAUGUUUCCUACUGGUUAAGACUAUGGGAAGCCUGUUUAGUUAAUCUUUGGGCGUGAUGCCACAUUUCUAUUGGGAAAUGCUUUCCUAGCUCGGAUUCCCAUUUGGACAUAUAUGAUGGUUUAGUUAGCUUAUUGUGAAGUAAUAGUGUGUUGUAACAUAGGGACAAUGCUUUAGUUUUUGGUAGUUUGCCCAUGCAUUUAUGGAUAAAUGGCGGUAAGUGAUUGGGUUCCCCCAAGCUAAUCCUGCAUUCCUGUAUAAUAUUUUUUAUUCUGAGGUAAGAGAAUAGUUCUCGCGAAGAGAUAUGGAGUUCCCUGGUUAAGUCUGGGAAGGACUUGAUGCCGUCUGGGGUCAGUAGGGAGCGACCUUGGGAGAUCCCCUGGUUGAGCCAAUUAUCUAAUUGAAUGUCUGACGUUCGGGCAGCCAGGGCCUGAAGUGGGGCUGCAAGGAGCAGGUCAUUGUUUUGUAGGAAUAGCGGUGUAAUUUGCUUCCAGUUUUGGAGGAGCGAGACCGUGGUGGGUAGCAAGGAUUUGGCUUUGGGGAAUUUUGACCCUGCCCAAAGGGACAGAGGAAUUGAGCCAUUGGGUGUGCAAGCGUUCUCCAACGCAAGCCAUACCGGGGGAGAAGGACGCUCAAGGAUCGUGAGGCCCUGAGCCAACAACGACGCCUUAUAAUAAAGAUUUAUAUUAGGAACGCCUAGCCCCCCUUUUGUAAACGGGCGCAAGAGUGAUUUUUGCGCUAUUCUAGGGGGUUUUCGUUUCCAGAUAUGAGUAGUGAUGACAUUAUUGAUGUUCUGUACACAGUAAUUGUCACAUGACACACACGGCACUAGGACUAUUCAUAUAAUUCAUUCAUUCUGAGACUCCCUACUUUUGGUUCCUUCCUGCUCAAUAUCUGAAAUCUUUUAUUUUCCAGUUACUGCUGCCCUGUGUUUGUGCACACCUUCACCAGUUAUUCUUUGAAAGUCCUAGCAGGCAUGCUUUUGUUCAGUGGCUCAUCCUAUGUAUGAAUGUAGCUUUACAGGCGAAGAACGAAGCAUAGCUGCUGUUCUGUUUUGAAACAUCACCUUAACAGAACAGAGAAAUUGUUUUCUCUGAACCUUUUAUGAAACACUUGCUCUAAAUGUUUUCUUAAAAUAUAUCCUAUUUAUCAUAAUUCUGUUUUUACUCUUGACCCCCGAUUGUUUUAUUCUUUUAUUCUACUAUCCAUCUUUUUAUGCUCUUGUUUUUGCAUCUAAAUCUCAUAACUUUAAACCCUCCACAACCCCCCAGAAAUCUGCAUCUCUCUGACGAGGAGCAACAAAAAUGCAAACAUUUUCUGCUCAAUUCCUUUUGUUUCAGUUUCGUUGCACAUGGUUGCACUUAGCACGUCUUUCUAAACAUUUACAUAUUUUCAUCUACCAAGGCAUAUUUUUUUGGAAUCUGUUAUUCUGUUUGUAUGCUCUGAUGUUAAUAGAUUUAUUUUACUUUUGUGUUAUUAUAAAAUGUGUGACUGUCACUUCUCAAAAAUUUCGGCAGCCCAGAAGCCAACUAGAACUAUUUUUUUUCUCAGUUUGACAUAAUGUUCAGAUGUUUGUUUAUUUCUUUUUUCACAUUCACAUUGUAUUCCACGCUUUCUAUAAUGCAAUGACACAGGCAAAGUGGGAGUGCAAGUGCAUGAUUGACUUUAUAUAGAGCAUGCAUGCUCUUGUAAGACGCCUAAAUGUGCAUGAACACAACCAGAGCAUCAUGCAAUAAUAACAUCACCCACCCCCAGAAAUGCUGCAAAAGAACAUCUGGUUUGUACUUACCUCUGCUUCACUCCUUGCCACAGUUUGUGUAGGAACUGUCACUAUCAGUUUAAUCGUUAAAGGGAAUUGUUUACAUUAUGGUGGCAGGCAGUAGACUUUAUUUAAAACAGUAUGAUACACUAAAAUGUCUUGUGUUUUCCUGUGUUUAGGUCGGAUUUUGGAUUUGAAAACUGGCACCGUGAAAAAAGAAGGACAACAGUCUUCUAUGCGUAUGUGUAUGGGGUCCAGACGGUCAUUCAUUUGUAGGAUGAGGUAAUCCCGAUGCUGGUGUGCAGUUUGUUACUAUGGAACGUAACAAAAGGUUUUAGAAAGGCAAAUGAAAUUCGAGGAUCACUGUUUUAAAUGGAUACUAUAGGCAUCAAAACAACUUUAGAAGUUUGGCAGAGAACUGAGCAGUGAAACCUGUACAUCACGCCACUGUUGUUUCACUGUUCGAUUCUCUGCCAUUGAGAUUUUCAAUCACUUUGUUGCUGUUUAUGCAACCCUUCAUUGGCUGUGACUCACAGAGCCUGCAUGGGAAAAAAAAAUCAGUCUGUCAUUAACUUGCUUUAGAAGUUUUUAUCUCAUGUAAAUUGAACUUUAAUCAUACAGAACAUGCUUAUGCAGGGUUUAAGAGGAUAUUAAAAGAGCAGGGGAUAAGAAAUUCUAGCUUGAACAAACUGUGCAAUAAAGGAACCUAAAAUAUCUAGGUUUAGGAAGUCUGUGCAAGACACAAGCAGGGUGGUGCGGCUAGGGGUGUAUAAACAAAGGGAUUUAACUCCUAAAUGUCAGAGAAUUGGGCAGUGAGCAAUGAUAUAUAUACCAAAGUUAAGCUAAAGUUUUUUUGGUGCCUAUAAUGUCUCUUAGUUUCAGCUGGACCCAACUAUCAAUCACUUGGAAUGAGAGUGAUCUUUUAUGAAAAGUGCUUGUUUCUUUGAAAUUCCAAAGCAAUCAAAAGAUAAACAUGAGACAAAAUAGGGACUAAUGUAUCUUAUGUCAGACCCGUUUUUUGGCAAAAUGUGGCAGUGGCUGCAACGGCUAAUGAGAACAGACAUCAUCUUUCAUGAUGUACUAUAAUGGGCAUUAGGCAUCUAUCAAGUUCCAGAUAAUCUCUGGAAGAUCAUUCAAUCUUGUGAGAUAUUUCAUAGGCCUGUUUAAUUGUAUUGUGUGUGCAUUGAUGUGAAGAAGGAUGGGAGCAGGAAGGUAGUUUCAUCAAGGAGGAAGAGCCUCAGGUAAGUAGAUCUCCCUACUUGUGCUUCCCCUGGCCGCCACCUUACAAGAGGACUUGUCACAUUGGGGGUUCUGAUAAAAAAAAACAAAAAAAAACAACAACCCACAAGUGGCACUGUCACUUUUCAGUGUAAUAUCUUGCUCUCUGCACCUUUCACACCUCUUUGUGGAGAAAAGUAUCAUUUGAGUAGAUUAUAAUUAUUUCUGUAGUAUUCCACCAGAGAUCAUAAUCAUUACCGAUCUUCUAUGAUACAUUGACUGCUAAGGUGUCUAACUGGCAAAGUUAUUAAUGUAUGAUUAACAUGUUGUUUUGCUUGUGCAGUGGAAGUGGGAUCAUAACAGGGUUGCCUGUCUACGGCUACAAAUUCUAUUUAAAGUUGGAGGGCAUGCAAAAGCAGCCCUGCAUUUUUCCUGAUUCUAUUUUACUACAAAAAAAGUCUUCACGAACCACUGGAAUUUCAGCCAUUGUGCAUGAAAAGAAUGUCAUAAAAAUAAUUAUGUUUUUGGCUCCUGCUUAAACUGGUCAUGGUUGCUUUCCACUAAUUUAUUAGACUUAGAAAUUUGAGGAGGAUGAUGCAUGUCCCCCACCACCAAAGAUAUUUGUUAAAGACAGCAAAGAAAGAGAUGAAGUCACCGUAAAGAAACAUUACCUUCCCGUGCAUUCCUAAGAAUCCAGCAUGGUGGUUCUUGGCUAAAGAGGGAGUAAUGUAUUUUUUGUUUUUAUUUUCAUGUCCUAUGCAUGUUAGAAUCAAUAAAACUGCUAUAUACUGUGUGCCGUUAUAUGUACCCAUCUUCAAUACCCUCUUACUGGACGUUGUCAGUGGUUGUCCAGUGCCAGGCAGCCUGUGGAUCAUGUAAGCUAUGACCCAUGAUUUGAUGUUUAUGUUGUUCUAAUGUUGGGUUCUCUGGCAAUUCAAAUGCACAGUGUGCACAUAAAAGUGAUCUCACCAGGCAUCCACUGCACACGUAUUAGUACUUUGCUGCAUGCAUUAGUCACCUAGCGUUGUAUCUCAUAGUUGGUUUUAGAAGCCUGCAAAAGUAUUAUUUUUACAUGUAUAGUGCCAGUGGAGUAUUUUGGUUUUGUGCUGCCCUAGGCAUGACCAAACUCGGUCACCCCCCCUUUCCAAAUUUCUCUUCAUGACUGUCACGUAUUCAUCCGCUUAUAGAAAUGUGGUUAAUUACAUUUACUGUCCACACAGGAAAAGUUGUGCCGAGCAGCAACCUAAUCCACAGAAGGGUUAAUGCUGAGCAGCAAUUAUGCAAAUGAAACCUGGUAACUGACUUUGGGGUCAAAGGCCGAUUACAGCCUAUCAGAACUAAAGGAGGGGUAUUUAGGCCCAGUUCUCAGCCUGCUCAGUGCCCUGUCGUGGUUUCCCUUGUGGUUGUCCGAGAGCGCGUUCCUGUUUAUAGUUUUCUACCUGGUUUUUGACUUUGGCUUUGUUUAUUGACUUCUCUAUAUUCUGGUAUCCUGACUCCUGGCUUUCCUCAUCGCUGUGUCCCUUUCUGUGUUCCCUGACCUCGGCUAGUAUUUUUGACUAUUCUGUGUACGUUAAAUCCGGCCAUUCUAAGGACCGGUAAUACGUUACUUAUUUGUCAUCCGUGCUAUACAGUUCUACGUGCUGGAUCAAACAGUAAUCCUGACAAUGACAGACACACACCCUCACAGAUACACAUUCAUUGUCACACACAUUGUUUAACCAACACACACUUUCACUGAAACAUACACAUUCACAGACAUGCACACUCACUCAUUCACAGUUACACUCACAGUUACACACACACUCAUAUUCACCGACAGACACACAUAUACACUAACUGACAGAUACACAUUCACCGACAGACACAUACACACUCACUGUCAAACACACAUACACACUCACUUACAGACACAUAUACACUCUCAGUGACAGACUAACAGACACACACUAACACUGAAUAACAGACACACACUAAUGCUCACUAACAGACACACUAAAACUCACAGACACACACACUCUCACUAACAGACAUUAACACACGCACUAAUAGACAUACACUCACCAACACACACACUAACAGACACACACUAAUGCUCACUUACAGAGACACACUAACACUGACUAGCUGACAUACACUAAUACUCACCAACAGACUAACACACUCACAAUUAAAAAAAAAAUAAGUUUCAAACCACCCAGCCUGCUACCUGGUCCAGUGGGGCUGGCUGCAGCUUGGCAGGCGGACGGUCGGGAGGUCUGGCAGACAGGUGAGCGGUGGAGGUGGGCGGCGAGGGAGCUCUGUAACGGUUCAGCUCCCUCGCGCGCCUCUUAGUGUUGCCGGGGCCGGAGUGAUGCCAUAUUUCGGCUCCGGCGUCACUGCAUCACUGCAUUGCAUCAGUACAAAUGCCUUGUCAGUCUCACGGUAAAUACACCGCUGUAUAGUGCCACUAUACUAAACCUGUUUUUAAUACUUGCCAAAUGUGAAGUGUGUUUAAAAUGAGUUUGCCCUUGAUAUUGUAUUGUUCCUUCUGUCAAUACCAUAUCUACCAUUUUAUGAAAUGUUAUAAAUAAUAAAGUAUAAAAGAAAACUGCAGUAAUAUAAUUUUUUCAUUCAUUUCACUACUCUGAGGCAAGUUGUAAAAUGUUGACAGAAAGUAGACAUGUGCAUUUGUUGCAAUCUUCUUUAAAGGGAUACUAUAGUGCUGUGAAUACAAAGUUGUAUUUCUAGCACUAUAGCUCCCCGUGCCCCCCCUCACAGCCCCCAACCUCACAGUGUAAGGGUUAAUAAACCCUUACUGUACUUACCUAAUUCCAGCCACGCUCUCCCUUGGCAGCUGGGUUGGUCCUCUGCCAUUUUCAAAGUUACCCGACAGGGAUGUAAAUGUGCAUGCACGGCAAAAGCCGCAAGCGCAUUAGGCCCUCCCAUGGGGAUUUGACUGAGGCUGGAUGUCCAAAAGUAGCUUAACCAUCAAGAAAUGACUCUAGUGGCUGUUUAAUUGACAGCCACUAUAGACAGUCUUAACCCUGCAAGAUAUUUAUUGCAUUUCUCAUAAACUGUAAUAAUUACUCUUGCAGGGUUAAGGAGACAGGGUCACUGUACCCAGACAACUUCAAUGAACUAAAGUGGUUUGGGUGCCUGUAGUGUCCCGUUAAUAAUUAAUGCUGAAUUUUGCACUUCACAUAUGUUCAACAGUCUUUUUUUUUUACCAAACUUCAUUGUGCUUACUCUUGUGUGUUGAUUGACUCAAAGUAGAGUAAACCUUAAAGAUUUGUUUCUGUGUAAUAUUUCUUAGAAUAGACAAGACUCUGUAGGUCUGAAUCUAAAACUCCUUUCAGUCCAAUCCCGAACAAAUCGAUCCGGCCAGCUGUUGCGGCUCCCGACCGGCAAGACCUCGACGAUAUUGCGAGCUUACCUGCUUGCCGGCGAGCCGGGAACCGCUCCUACGCGUCUUCUGGGCAUUGCGCCCAAAUCAAAGAUGGUGCUGACCAUGUGGUCGCGCACACCACAAGCUCCGCCCCUCAAAUUUAUACGGACGUGCGCGUGACGUCACCCUCUGACCAAUUAGAGUUUAUUAUUUUAAUCCCUAAUUCACUCCAGUUCCUUGCCCUGUCGUGGUUUCCUGUUCCUGGUUCCCGAGAGUGCGUUUAUCUGUGUGAAUCUGACUUCCUGAUGUCCUGAUCUUGGCUUUUCCCUGGUUAUUCCGAAUUCUGGUUCUCCUAACUUGGCUUGUUUAAAUGGUAUUGGAGUAUUUCUGGCUUCCUUGACCUCAGCUUUCCCUUUGACCAUUCUCUAUCUCUAGCGUAUUAGUCCGGCCAUUCUAAGGUCCGGUUUAUGCUCUGUCCUUUUAUUUCCUUUACUUUUUUACGUAUAUGUUACAUAGUUUCUGCGUGUUGGACCACACUAGCAGCCGUGACACCAGCAUUUACCUGUGGAAUUUUAUUCAAUAAAUAGGUCUCAGUUCAGACUUCACCUGUUAAUCUUGGGCAAAUUGAUUUGUUCGGUUAUUGAUUGAAAGGAAAUUCAUUAAGAUGAAUCGAACAAAACUAAUUGUGGCACAAGUGUAGUGCAAACCACCUUUAUUGUUACAGUACCCUAGUGCUGUAUUCAUAUCAGGAAUACGCUGGAAGGAGCAUAUUGGAAUAUUAGUAGAACAUUGGGCACAAGCUCCCUUGCUUACACUUCCUGUAUUGCAGAGGUGGUCCACUCCACUGCCAAAAAGCGUGCUGCUUUGGUCACGUGGACAUGAUGCUUGGCAAAGGCCUGGUACACUUGGAUGUAAAGGUCCUGGAAUAGUUAAUGGAUACAUAGAACUGGGCAUAGAGUUCAUAGUGCUAAACACAAAACUACAAUACUGCAUUAAUACCAAUUAGUAGAAAAGGCCUCCCGACCCUGAUACUCUCCCAUUAUUAGACAUUUAACACACAUUAGCUGUUCUAAUGUUUGUUUAUUUCUCUGUUUCUCUUACCAUUUGCUAAUUCAUUACAAUUCUAUUGAAUUACUAUAGGUGCGGUAAUGCUCCGUUGGAUCACUUACCUCUUAACAGGUUAAGCACAAUGCGGAAGAGGUACAGGUAAGGGUCCUAGACCAUAAUAGUUUCACAUUUACCUCUCUCUCUCUCUCUUUCUCUGUUAUUUGUCUUCUUUAAACCAUACUUGGUUUUGGCCCUUGUAACUCUGCUUUCUAUCCAUUGUCAUUGUGGAAUCCCUGCCGCCAUGUGGAGCACUCUCUUAUGUUUUUCAGGAAUGGACUUGGACCUGUAAAGGAGGGAGAGGCACAGUAUUCUGUGGUUCACUGUACAGGGUACAUUAAGGCCUGGCCCCCAGCAGGUAAGAGAGGUGUGUAAAGGACGAGUGGUUCCCUGAGGCUCUCAGUUUUACAAGGGUUGAACUGAAACAUCUACGCUCAGUUGUUACUUAACAUGGGUCACGCCAUUACCUAAAAUACAAGUUAAAAUAAUUUCCAUACCAUAUUAAUUUGAUUGUAUUGGCUAUUGCAGAAUGCAUCAUGUGAAGCAUCUGUGUGUCCGAUAAGUAAUAAAUCGUCUUUUAUCUGCUUUGCAGUCGAUCUAUAUUUUUCCUUGACUUGGUGCUUCCUUAAUACAUGGUAGUAAGAUGGAAUAGACAUUAAAGGAACACUAUAGUCACCUAAAUUACUUUAGCUAAAUAAAGCAGUUUUAGUGUAUAGAUCAUUCCCCUGCAAUUUCACUGCUCAAUUCACUGUCAUUUAGGAGUUAAAUCACUUUGUUUCUGUUUAUGCAGCCCUAGCCACACCUCCCCUGGCUAUGAUUGACAGAGCCUGCAUGAAAAAAAAACUGGUUUCACUUUCAAACAGAUGUAAUUUACCUUAAAUAAUUGUAUCUUAAUCUCUAAAUUGAACUUUAAUCACAUACAGGAGGCUCUUGCAGGGUCUAGCAAGCUAUUAACAUAGCAGGGGAUAAGAAAAUCUUAAUUAAACAGAACUUGCAAUAAAGAAAGCCUAAAUAGGGCUCUCUUUACAGGAAGUGUUUAUGGAAGGCUGUGCAAGUCACAUGCAGGGAGGUGUGACUAGGGUUCAUAAACAAAGGGAUUUAACUCCUAAAUGGCAGAGGAUUGAGGCUGCAGGGGCAUGUUCUAUACACCAAAACUGCUUCAUUAAGCUAAAGUUGUUUAGGUGACUAUAGUGUCCCUUUAAUACCUUUAAAGUCAGUUUCUAUUCCAAAUGGGAAAUGGGAACUAUCCUCACCCAAACAAAUUUUGUUAUUUUAGUUUCUUUACUUUUGUGUAUAUAUGUCUGCUUGUAAAGCUGGUUUACCUGUGUGUACGUGCGUGUGUUUGUGUAUAUAUAUAUAUAUUUACUUUUGCUAUGUUUAAAAAUAAUUCAUGUCUCAAAAACAGAACAUAAAAUAUUUGUAGACUCCUUGAUGUGCCAAGUUGAGUCACUACCCAAAGAUAUGCAGAUGUUUAAACAAAUAAUCUCUGCUGGUUCUUGAAACUACUGUUUUAAAUAUUCUAAAAAGCAAACACGUUUCGUUAUACCGUUUUUUUGUACUUGUUUACUUUGAAACGUCCGUCGGUUUCUAAGUAUAUCCAUUUUGUAUACAGAAAGAAUUACAUUAGGUAUGCAUUAUAGUUUUACGUAAUCAUAUACAUAGACAAAAGAAAAAAAAAAAGGAAAUCCUACCAUUUAAAUCAACCAUUCAAGCUUUUUCUUUUUUUUUUUUUUGGGGCCUCAUGCCAUCUAUAAUGAGCCAAAUAAAUUAAAUGCAUUUUAAAAAUAUAUUCCCAUUACCGUAACACUUCCUACUGCCAUCCUGUCGUAUUUAUACAACUUGUUUAAGUGCUGUUGUUUAGGGUAUUUUUGUGUAGGGUUUUUUUAAGUUAAGCUGUGUCAGGAUUCAUUUGGGUAUUUGCAUUAAUAAGCAUUUUCCAUAGUGAAUGCUCAACAAAAGUCAUGUUUUCUUUCUGUUGAAUUUGUAUAAAGUUUGUUUUAGAGUUUUGAAGUUUAAUGCUGUACAACAAAUCUUAUUUAAUUUCAAUAUUCAAAGGGACAUUAUAUGCACCAUGACCACUAAAACAUAGCAUAUUAGUUAUGGUGCAAAGUGUCUGCUGUCCAGGUUGGAUGGAAUUCACAUGAAUGGGUUUAGUGAAGUUGAUGAAGAAUCUAUUCAACCCUUGGGAGUAGCAGAUUCAAAUCCCAGCAGGGUUGACUCGGUCCUUCAUCCUUCAGAGGUAAUAGUAACAUCCCCAACAUCAGUAAAUAGUAACAUCCCCAGGACGUACUUGGAAACCAGAGUAAUCUGAAUGACAAUACUUUGUUUUUAUUAAUGCAGAAGAAGUGGGGGCACUCUCUCAAUUCCACAGAGAUCAUUUUUUUCCCCCCAACACACCUCCCAUAAUGGUAUAUAUUGUGACUAAUUGAUGCACUAAUAGUAUUGUAUUUAAUCCUUCAAUCACUUUUUAAAUAAUUAUCUGUUUGUUACAUUUUUAAUAGUUUCCAUAAUAUACUACUGUAGAGGGAGUAUUGUAGUUGUGGGGUUUUUUAAAACUUUUUUUCCUCCCUGAUUGUGUCUCCAAAAGAUCAGCUUGGGGACCCAUCCUUAAGUUUUAAUAUCCUAUUUACCAUCUGAAAAUUCUAAAAUAACAAAAAGAAAAGUGCAAUCAUUAGACUUCUACAUCGUUUAGAGGUUACACUGGAAAAGCAGAGGUUACACUGGAACAGCUUAUUGCAGGCUUUUGCCCGGGGGCCGGAUGAGUACGAUGUUGUUGCUCCAACCAAUGAAGCCCACUGAAAUGCGUGAAGACCCAAUUUUGGCCCGACCUAACAGACCCAUUAUUUUAGUUUUUAGUCGACCAUAGCUUUAAACGAUGCUGAAAAGAGUUUCCUGGAACUGAGACUGUAUAUAGAACAUACAGAAUAUUUAGAAUCCAAAUGGUGAAGUUUAAUAUUUGAAAUGUUGGCACAUCUAGAAGUUCAGCAUGAUCUGUUCCAAAUAGAAAUGUGACUAUAUUUUCUGGAAAAACUACAGCUAUGUGAAAACGGGCACUCCAGGCAUGUACACUUGUUUGGUCUAAUGUCUAGAUCAGCUGCAGUUAGUUGUGUUCGUGAUAGUUCACGUAAUAUUCUGUACAGUUUAGGUUAGGGAUAGGCAACCUUCAGCACUCCAGAUGUUGUGGACUACAUCUCUCUUAAUGCUUUUACAUCCAUAUAAAUAAUUGUGCAAUCUCUAACUCUAAGCAUGAUCUGUUUGGUCAUAAUUUUACCUUUGCAGCUGUUUUUAGGGUUAUUUGCUAAAGUGAGAAUUCAAAUUUAAGGCAAAAAUAGUCAGCUAUGCUUUCAGCGUGGUUACUGGGCUUUAAAUUUGAGAUUAAUUUAUUAUAUUAUUAUUAUUUAAAUUAUUCAGUGAAUAGCCCUAUAUGUGUGUAAUAGUGCAGGAUAAUCACUAAUCAUUAACCACAGUUUGAAGCAUGCAUGGAAUUUUUUUGUUUAUUUAUUUAUUUUAAUCUUCUGCUUGUUUUUAUUUGUUUUUGUUUAGUUUUUUUACUGUGUAAAUGUUUUAUUCAGUACUAAAAACUGAAUUGAUAAACUCUCUAGAUUUCUGCAGGUUGCUAUAUGCAAUCUGUGCUCAAUCAAUUUGUUUAUUAUUCUAGAGCAGACCCCCAAGUUCUGUUAUUUACUGACCAGAAUAUCUAAACAUUCCCAUGUCAUUCUUAUAUUGUGUGUACAUAAAUGUAUUAGGACGUAGAUAGAGUGAACUACAAGUGACUCCAGUUCUAGACUAACUGCGUGUAGAAUUUUGAUGUUGGAAUUUGUUGGAUUAACAAAAUGUCUGUGAUUAAAGGGACUCUAACAUGUAGAAAACAACUUUGUAUGAGCGUAUGAUGCUUGUGACUUCACAAGCAAAGUAGAGCACACUGCUUUUGAAAGCAAUCCUAUUAAAAGCGCUUACAAAAAUGCAGAAUUACUGUGAGCUGACCUGUCCUGUUUUGGCUGUAAAUGUGAGCAGUCCUUGGUAUUUACAACUGCCUUCUUUUGCAAAAGGAAGCUGAAAAAUGAGCUAUAAAGUCCUAUGUGCAGAAAUGUUCUUUGUUGGCAAAAACUUGAUAACCUUUAGCAUACAUUUUUAACAAGGUAAGGUAAGGCUGAGAAUUCUAUUGAUAUAGAAUCAGAUGGGUAUUAAAGCGGCAUGGUCACCGACUGGGGACCUUGCUAAAUUAAACAUCACUGAGGGUCAGGUGGCCAGGGGAGGUCUGGCAGGUUAGAUUUGCUUACCUGAUUUGCUUACCUGAACCUGUCCCUCGCGGGCACCGUCAUCUUCCUCAGACAGGACCGCAGGAUCUUCCAUAGAUAGAGCUAUUUUCCUGCAGGGGAGAUUGGCACUUAGACUAUGCCCAGAGUUAGGCAGAGGAAAUAUCUAGAGACAAAGUAGUCUUUUCUUUGUCUCUGUAUAUCUGUUGACUGGGUUGGAAUUUCAGUGAUUCUAUCUUUAUGAUUUUUCAGGGGUGGGGAUGACAGUGCUGCUUUAGGCAUUGUCAGCAUCAUAAUCAUUCAAGCUUAUUGUAGUAGCUCUCCCUGCACCCAAAGCCUAUCCGCUCUGCUAUAUCUAAAACAAAACAGAAGUUAAACCUUCACGUUCUCCAAGCAUAUCAAUCCAAAUUUGGAUUUCCCAUAUUGGCUUGUGAGCACUGAGAGGAAUACCUGCCCACAGUAUAUUCUUUACUGCAGUAACAUUGGUUUCCUUAAUGCCAUGGAGCCCCCUAAGACUCAUAAGAAUCUAAUGAAAGUGUUAUAGAAAACAUAUUACAUUAUGCAUUACAUUUUAAUUAAAGAACGGUUAAUUGAGCUAAUGCCUUUUGUAAAAGGUUAAAGGGACAUAUAGUCAGCAGAACUACAACUUAAUGUAGUUGUUCUGGUUUCUACUGCCUGUCCCUGCCUUUUCAGAAAACGCCUAGGAAAACCUUUAGUGGCAGCCACUCAGUUGCAUGGAGACGCUGAACAUUCCCCAUAAAGAUACAUUGGUUUAAUGCAUCUCUAUGAGGCGAUGCUGAUGCUGAUUGGUGCAGCACAGCAUUUUGCAGCUCAUUCACAAUAGCCUCCCAAUUUUCCUAUAGAAUAAAUAUAUGGAUUUACUGAGAUCAUUAAGAUUGAUGAUCUCACCCAAGGAGACAAAGCAGGAGCGGAGCCAGCCUCGAGGAGACCUGUGCGGCAAUGGAAAAAAGGUACAUUUUAUACCUUUUUAACUGGGGACAAGAGGAGACAUUUAGGUAUCUAAACCUUUAGAUACCUAAAUGGUGGUUUCAAAUAUAGUGUCAGAAAUACAAGUUUGUAUUCUUGACACUAUAUUGUUCCUUUAAUAAUCUGUGAUUUAGAGUGAAUAGCCUAGCCUGCUGCCCAGGAUCUAGGCUUCUCUGCUUUCAAUAGUUGCAUGUUACUACAUAUUGCUCUUUUCACUCAUGACAUUUUAUAUACAAUAUAAAUGCAAAACAUGUCAUCAGAGUUAGCCAUUGGCACAUUGCACGGGGUUAUGCCCAACUUAGUCAGGCCUGGAUUUCAUAUGAAUUUGACAAGUCUGCUAGAGUUACAAACUACAAUAUUUUUACACUAACACAGAGCACUGAUUGCCUUCAUGCCCUCAGCAAACACCGUCUCCUUAUAUCCACUGCUGGGAUCAGGCUUCUUGUGGCUGCAACUUCUCAACAUGCCAUAGACCUUACCCUACUGUCCUAUCUAGAUUGUGAACUAGCACAACCUGUGCCUCAUCCCCUUUGUGUUUACGCUUGUGGUGUCAUAAAACGUUCUAGGCAUCGUUCCCAGUUGUGCUGCUGGGAGAACUUCUAAAAGAUCUAUAUUUAAAGCAUAAUAAGAAGAAAGAUAGGAAGGGAGAUAGAUAAGUACAAAUACAGAAAUUUUCAAAUUGUUUUUUUUUUUAAUUUGCAUGAGUUAAUGUUGCCCCUCUGUAACCUGUGCAGAUUCCUAUAUCUUAGUGUAAGCAGUUUUGUCCUGGGGGACAGGCCAUUUUCCUCCGAAAUUCUAUAUAUAGAAUUGUUUAGCCUGGAGCGAUCAGUCCCUUUUUGUUAAUGUAUGGCAGGUGGGAAUUCAGCAUUCCAACACACGCAAAGGGAAUGUUAAUACUGAUUGUAUGUUUAGAUCCGAGCGAGCCCACUGAUGGUAGAUAAUGAAGAAUAAGGCCUCCCGACUGACCCACUCAACUUUAUAAUGAACAAAUAAAAACUGUCAAAUGGAAACAAUCCAAGUAAUUGUAAACAAAUUAAUUCUGAAAUGUCAAAAGCAGAGUAAGAAGAACUUUGCAUGCUUUGUGCUUUAACCCAUUUAUUGAAAGCUAAACGUUUUCUAAACUUUUGCAAUCUUAGAUUUUCUAGAAAUGGAUUGAUGUGUUGCCAUAUUUUUAUAGUUUAUAUUGGUACACCUAAACUGUUUAGGCACAAAAUGAGCUUACCCAACCAAUUUUAAUAUUGCUGCCAACUAAUUGAUUUUUUUGUAACAAUCUAAACCUCACUGUUAUGUCAGUGAUGCUGGUGCAAAGGGGACUCUGGGAAAUCUUGAACUGAACUAUCUGACACGAAAGAGCUGGGAAAUUCCAGUGAUAGCGGAUAAAAGAUGCUGGUGAUUUGCUGGUGUUUUCCAGCAUCUAUUUUUUACUAUAGCAAUAAACCAACAUGGCCAUAUGUAUUAAAUAUUUCAUAUGCCUUGGUUUACAUAAAUGUUUAGGGGCAAAUCACAUCCUUUACACCUGCAAGUUUUAUUUUUAGUUUAUUCGACUGGUUUAUAGAAUCCUGUCAUAAAAUAGUUUUUUCCCCCUUGCCUUGAUUGUCCUUGAUUAUGGUAUCCAGACUGUUGGGUGAAUCUCAUUGUGGCCAAGAAUGGUCGCUAUAAAACUCUAUUAUAUAUGUAGAGGGCCUGUCCUUUGAGCCCAUGUUGUGACUGCCCUCAGUAUACUUUCUUAAAGUAACAUGACUCUUUGCGAGAUUAGUCAUUUCAGUUUAUAUUGUAAAGUCCAGGCUGCGUCAUGUGCUAUAGACAUGAAAGCCUCCAACAGUCUUCAUUUCCACAACAAGUAAUCUCUUGACAAUCAUCUCUGUCCAAAAAUACCAUUAGACCCAUUACUCUAGCUUUUUAUUUGACUGAUUAGAUGUAUAUUCUUUUAGAAGCAAUGCUCUGUGCAGCGUUUAAUUCUAAAAAAAAGUUUCUUGUGAAUCGGUAAAUGAAACCAAAAAUAAUGCAGUGAAUAAGUACGCAGAAUAUUAACAAUUCUAGGAAAAGACAAUUCCACUUUAAGUCUAAAUGUACAUUUUGUUAAAACACGUCAGCCAGGCCUCAACAAAUAAUAACACAUUAAAAACAAAAGAAAAAAUAAGACUGCUGACUGAGAGAUGUACUGAAUCCCCGCUGUUCCAAGCUUUCUUACAGUGUAGAUAUCUUUGCCAACUUUAAGAACCUGAAAGAAGACAUUUUGUUCUUUAAUAACCUGUUCCUUCUCUCUUAACUUGUUUUCCCUUUCCCAUAACCUAUUGUGCAGAGCAGCAGAAUAUGUUGGUGCUUAGAAUAUAAACUUAUAAUCAUAACCUCUUUACACACCCUUUUUAAAAAUUUCUCUCAUACUGAUCCCAGUUCAUAAAAUUCCCUGUCUCGUUUGAGUUUGUAACCCUCCUUAAAACCCGCCCAUUUAUUGUUGCAAAUGUUUCUGGAAGAAGUGGUAGUAUUGACAGUCACAUAUCCAUUGACAGCAUUGCAACUGUGUGUUUUGUAAACCUAUUUAUAUUAUUAGCUCUCAGAAGUUGAUUGUAUGAUCCUUAUUGAACAGCUCUUGGUCUAUGUUUCAGGGGGGAGAAUUUGAUAAAAUAUCAGAUGUAACAAUUUACACGCAUGUUUUCCUUGUUCGUAAGUCUUGAGAAGUGAGAACCUUACAGACCAGUGGCAGAACUAAUAGUGAGCCGAUUCAAGAUUUUGCCCCUUACUCCCCUCUAAUAGAAUUAAUCGUUUUGUAACAAAGAUACAUUUAAAAUGUGGAUUAUAGUUUCUAAUAAUUUUUAAAAUAUGUAUAUAAAUAUAAAUGGAGGUUCUAACUCUGAAAAUAUUAGAAAUGCCCUACUGUCCAAAUAAAAAAAAAAACAUAAACAAGGGCAGCACAACAGAAUUAUAUGUACACAAACAGUGCUACAAAGGUUUUAUUGAAGUACCAAGUGUAAUACAGGAAACAGUUUAGACAUUAAAGGAACACUAUAGGUUCCUGAACUUACCUUUAUUCCAGCGUCGCACGGGUCUACUCUUGCUGCGCCUCCUUGGCUGAGAUCAUCAGAAUUGAGAAUCUCAGCCAAUCCAAUGCAGUGGCUUAUAUUGUCAGUUUUGAUGAUCUCAGGGGGUGGAGCCAAACACCCCCAGAGUCAAUCAGCAUCUCCUCAUAGAGAUGCAUUGAAUUAAUGCAUCUCUGUGAGGAAAGUUCAGUGACUCCAUGCAGAGGGUGGAGGCACUGAAUGUCAGUGCUGCACACAAUGCAGAACUGGCCAAAUGAAGCACUUCUAGCAGCCAUCUGAGGAGUGACCAGUGGAGAUAUCUCUAGGUGGUAAUGUAAACACUGUCUUUUCCUUGAAAAGACAGUGUUUACUGCAAAAAACCUGCAAGGACUGACUAUACUCACCAGAACAACUCCCAUUUAAGGACACGAUGCAUUGGGAAAGGGAUCUACCUGAAACAUUUGUUGUAUUACAUUUGGUCCUUCACAUAGAAUCCUGAUGUGCUGCCCUAAUUUUUUCAUUUCUUAUGCUAUUGUUAUUUCUUGUUGGAGCUACAAUGAGAGAUGCAAGCAGCACAAUAGGAAGUUGCUGUUUAGUUGUGUUUUUGCUUGAUGGGUACCACAGUGACCCGUACCUCUAUCAUUUAUUUUGUAAAAUAAAUAAACAAUUUAAUAUAUAUAAAUCCCCAUUGAAAAUAUGCAUGCAUUUAAUUAUGCAUUUUUUUCAUUGAGGUAUAUAUAUAAUUAGCUUGCAUAAGCUGCAGAUCUCGUUUGCAAGCUCUACCCUUCUUCCCCAGCCCAGACUUUCUGAGGCUGUCCAAUCACAGACUUCUUAAUGCAGCUCAGUGUGAAGUCUUUACAAGGCAGGUGCUCUGCAGAGCAAAACAAAGCAGGAGGCAACAGGAUCGGUUGUCUGAUUGACAGUCACAGAGUGUAACAAGUUUAAUUUAUAAUCAUGCCAAUUUCUAUUGAAAUCGGCACUUUUUGUAAAAUGAAAAAAAUACACUUUUCCAACAUAAAGAACUUAUACAAUAAUCGAAACAACAACAAUAAUAAUAAACCUGUUAUAAUAAAAAUACACGUAGAUAAAAUAAGAAAAUGUGUACACUGUAAUAAUCAGCUCUGCUAAAACUCUGAGGAUUGGCACAAAGACCUUGGCUAUAUAGGGUAUAUGUACACAGCUUUAAAUGUGCUCAAUUUAAUAAGAAAAAAAAUAUCAAAAUGUCAUAUAAAAAUAAUGGUAGGAAAGGAAAAAAUUCCAAAGUCAAGCUUUGUAUAGAAACUACAUGAAGAACAAUGUGCAUAUGAGGUGUAAAUCCAAGAGAGUGACCGGCUUUAAGACCCUUGCUGGAUACCACAUGCCACCAACAUAUGAUUCUUACAGUUGUGAGCCCGAAACAACCUUGACACUCAAACUAGACCAAUUAGACUUUCUCAAGAUGUGGUGAAAGGACCUAUGCAUGGCCAUGACUGAUAUGAAAUGUAAUUUUCAUAUACUUUAUAUAUCAAUUGACCAUACAUAACCCUGUAUAGCUUUACAAAAACAAUCACAUGACAAACACGUAAAUUAGAACAGAGAGCUAGGUAUAUAUUUAAGUGUGUACAAUUUCCACAAAGACACUAGAGUCAUGUCUUGCACUCUGUCCAUAUCAUUAUAAAAAACAAAAAAAAAGCUGAUAUGUAUAUCAAAUUCAGUGAUAGGCAAAGCAUGUUUGACUGCACAACAAAUCAAAUGAAACAAAUAUGUUACUCUUGGAAAAUAUAAGUAAUAUGUUUUAUUAAUGGCUUAACCAGGGAAACACAAGUGUUUGGUAAGUGACGGAGCAAUGGUGCAACAUGCACCUGCAGCACCAGUAGUGGUUCGACCAGUGCUCCAGAUAGACAUUUAAUACUUGGCCACCAGGAGGUAUUAUUGCUUUAAGGUACUUGCAUUCGGCUGAUAAUAGGGCCAGAUACUUUCUGUGCUAUGUACCACAGUUUUUGGCGAAAAAUGUAUCUCUUCCCAACAAAUGCUCAGUUUCUCUGUUUAUUGGAAACCAGAUAUCCAGAGUGACCUCUCUGCAACCUUCAAAUGUGUCCCUUUCUAUUCUGAUCAUGUUGUGUUACAAUAACCAUACAUAUCUGGCGUGCCUGUUGAGUUUGCAUGCUCCAGGCAGCAAGGUUUAGAUUUUCCAUUGCCUUAUUUUAAAUCCCAAAUUUUGAGCAGCGACUGUCCUGCCAAGGAUUUGCUUCCAAGCUGCUCUUUAAGCGUCCUGGAUUUGUUCGGCAGUAGCUUGAAGAAAGUCCCAUAAAAGGGAAGUGAAGCUGAAUUCACAUCUGGCAGAUACAACAAAGAUCUGACUGCCACACUGUCUUUUGAUUAACCCCUUAUGGUUCAGCAUUAAACCAUAGCGUGAGGAGAUGGAGCAACAUUCACCCGUAAACCCGUUGUGGUUUGAAAAAUAUUAAAAGUAUUUGAUAUGUUGUGGUUAUUUUUCCCUGUGUUAACAAACACUACGUUGUCUAGAACAAAUUUCUGUGGUCUGAUUAAAUCCAGGGUCAUAUAAGAACGACUUAUAAUUUAAUUUGGUACUUUUAACCCGUUAUGACAUAUAUUUUUUUAUUUUUUGCUUUUGUUUUUUUAGGACUGUAAUGAGUUAAAUAUAUUUCGUUAACGCCUUAUCUGAGAGGGAAUAAAUGCUAGGUCCUAGUCUUUGGCAUGUUUGUAGUAUUAAAUAUGUAAUGAGGUCCCAUUAAAUUGUUCAUGGCCUAUCAUUGUGUCAGCCAUGGAGAUGAAGACUCCUGUAUGAUUUCUUAGUUAUUAAUUGUAAAAGCAAAACUCUGUUUGCUUUCCUAUUAAUCAUUGGCCUUCAUGUCUCUUCUAGUGCAUCACCAACAGAUAAUUUGAGGUGUUUUUCGAAGCUUGAUCUAUUGCCUCUCUGAGGGAUGUAGUUUGACUCUAGUCCCCUGUAGAUUCUGAAAACAUUUGGUUACAAUAAAUAGAGAGAAGAAACAAUAUGUCACAGAUAGGAUCAGCAUGCUUCUGGCAUACAUACAGUAUCUCCACUGUUGAUUCGACUGCAGGCAUGUCAAUGGGCCAAUCAGGCACAGCUUAGCUGCAGUGGGGUCAUGUAUAACGUUAUAGCCUAGGUUCAACCUAAAAAGAGGGCACGGCAUUAGAUGACUGUACUAAUUAUAGACUUACAAACAUGUUUAAGCUAACAUUGGUGAUCAUGUGUAAAACACAUAUUACAAAUAGUACGUUACAGUAAUAGUAAUUUUUUUUAAUUUUUAUAGAGUGGUUUACUUAAAUGAAUACAUUGAGAUUGUUCUUUCUUUUUUGGAUGUUCUGGGAAACAUAAACAAGUGAUAAUUACUUUGUAAAAUAAAUCAAGAUUCACCUCUUAAGUCAUCAUGAAAAUAUUCUUACUCCAAAUUGUGCUGAAAUAAACAGAUGAUCUGGGAACCAAGGAAAGAAAAAAAAUGCUUUAAAAGUUGCCCACAGAGAUAAACAUACAAUAAACUCUUAGCAAGUCAUUUUGGAACUCACCUUCUGAGCCUAUCGAGAUUCCAUCUUAUUUAGUGAGUCCCUCAGGAGAACCGGAUAAAAUUGAACUUUUACUGCUGUUGAGCAGAUUUCUUAUUUUAUGUUGUUGCUAAGUUAUGUUCAGUUUAGAUUCUUGGUAUUGUGUAUUAAUAUAGUGCAUUAAAGUCUCUUUAUCGAUUUUUAGGCUUUACCUUUCUGAACAGCCUGACACAGUUCACAAAAUACCAAGUUAGAGUUUAAUUUAAGAGCAUGCAGGAGUCCGUUUGCUGGACUCACCAGAGUUGAGCCCGUUGAGUGGAAUUUGGAACCAUUUAGUGUUGCUGACUGUGAGGGAAGACUGCCAAUAGUGAAAUACCAGUUUUUUUGGUAUUUGGUGCUACAUGUUAAUAUACCUUUAAUUUUCCCUUGCAUUGAUUUUAGUAUGAAAACUCAACAGAGCAAACAUUGCGGGAGUCUUGUGCUCACCUUUGUGAUUUGUUUGAUGGUCAGUCAGUGAUUUGUUUGAGGUGAAUCCAUCAUAUUUAUUCCUGUAUCGAGGGGUCUGGGUUAUUUUCAUCUCUGUAUUUUUAUACUCCUUGAUAUUUAUUUGUUUGUUUGCUAUCAUUUCAGCAGGCAGACUAUUUUCAAGGCCGUCAUCUGACAAUGCUAAAUUGUAAAGUAUAAUAUUUACUUUAUUUUUAAUAUUUUAAAUAUUGUAUUUACUCCUUUAUUUGUAAAGCGAAUUGAGGGGGAGUGGGUAGGAAGGUAUAUUUUCAUGAUUAUUUUGAGGGUCCAGGAAAGGAAAGAGUUGGAGGAGGACUUAUUUAAUUUAUUUAUUCAGGAUUAUUAUUAUUAUAACCAGAUCACCAAUCUGUAAACUUACCGUUGAACCAGGUAUACAGCAAUCUACAACAAUAAGAAGAAAAUACAUAACAAGAAAGGGUGAUGUUGUAGGACUGUGUUCUGCCCUCCGUGGGUGUUGGCUAAUCCUGGACUGGGGACUGGCAUAUUUAUAUUUACUUUUUUCCAUUACUUGACACCACUUCUUAAUAAUUAAUUUGCUUUUAUCCUUCAACCACAAUUUAUACUAGCCCCUCUAUUUGGCCUAAUGAUGCUCAUCUGAUGGUAACUUUGCUAGACCGUUUCAUAUGUUUGUUUGUUUUUUAUUUAAGUAUUUCUGUCAUGAAUGUUAUAGCUCUGAUGUAUUAUGGCUUUACCUGCUCUAAUGUUAUUUUAUGAGUAUGUCUUACAUGAUCUCAAUAAAAAUUGAUUGACAAAAAAAAUAAAAAGUGGUGGUAAAUAAGUGCAUGGUGCUGGGAAUCAGUUGUUGACCAAGACAUUGGAAGAAGCAGACUCCAAACCAGCGAUUACUGUACAAAAAAAACAAAAAACUUUACUGAUGUCAAAUAACAAUGGGGGUGCUAUCAAAAUGUCCUAGUAUGUUUCAGACUGGUGGGUAGAGCUGUAUGCCUGGUUCACUUAGUCUAAGUUGUGCUUGCUGCAUGCGUACAACACACACAACUUGUACAAGACUGAUAUUGAGCUUUCUGGCUGCCUGAAUGACAGCUCUGUGGGGUCUGUAACAAUUUCUAAUACCCUCUUACUACAUUCUACACAGGAGAAAAUCCAUAUUACCUACCUCUUUCAAACAUCCUCUUAAAAUAAAAAGAGAGAAGGGCUCAGUACCAGUUCUUAUCUAGUAAUAUGAGAGUGUAAUGGCCCCAUAUGUUUUCAUAUGUCUAGUUAUGUUGGAGGCUUUUGGCAAUUACAUAACAGUGCAGUAUGUAAUUAUCACUGUUGUUUGGGAUUUCUGAACAUUUGUCAAUAAGAUGUGUUGUCACUGACUCACCAUAUUACAGCCUUGUGAAAAGUGGAAAAAUGCUGAAACCAGCUCCGCACAAGAUCAGCCGAAGUUUUUCCAAAUUCAUAACAGGAAGUUUCGAAGUCUCCAAGCGGUGCAGAAUUGCAUGUGAUAAAAAUACCUCUAACGAAACACAAAUGUGCUCCAUCACCUCUGAUUUGCUACCAGUAAACAACAUUCCAGUGUUCUGUCUGCAGAGCAGGGGAACCAGGGACAUCAGUAUUUCAAAUAUCCAUAACAGACGCCUUUUAGCUCUCCAAAAAAACUGUAUUUUUUCUUAUUUUACUUGUAUUAAAGGAAUACUGGAGAGAAAAAAAGGAUGGCUCGUUGGACCUUAAUUCAAGAAAGCUGCACAAAACUAUGCAGCUAUGACUGAAAUAAUGUGCUCGUCACAAAACAGCUCAGACAAACCUUGAUGUCAUAUUGAGAAGAUUGUUUGACUUUUAAUGUGCAACAACACAUGGAUCUACAUUCCUGUGGUCUAAACGAGUUAAUUUUAGCAAUGCAGAUGUCAUGACUAACUCAUAACCACUUUUUUGAGAUGAAAUAGGCAUCAGCACUACCAUAGGCAUGAGUACUUGUGGGUGUACUAAUGGGACAUAGCCGUAAGAGAAAAUUUGCAAACUGUUAUAUAUAUAUAUGUAUAUAUAUAUAUAGUAUAUACUAAAUCCUUAUAAAGCCUAAAAUGGACAUUUUGGCAGACUGUUUCCAAGUUCAAAAAUGAUGAAAUGACAGGUGGAAGUGUGAUUAAGAAAACGCAUUACUAGCUGGCCCAGGGCUGUUUAGUAAAUGGCCUUGGUUCUGUUUGUAUUUUCUGUUAUUUAUUUUUUUUUAAAUAGUAUUGAACAUGUUCACUUUAUGUACUAAGGGGUAACUUGGGGUUGACAUAUUGCAGAAAGCAUUUAGUACAUCUACUUUUAAAUGAUUUUUGGGGGAGAAUUGUGUGUGUGUGUGUGAAUGUGUGUGCGUUUUGCUUUUUUUUAUUCAUUUUUGUUAUUCUUUUAUUAAUUUUUGUAGCAGUUUAACUGUGAAUUUUUUUCUGUGUUAAAAUGUAAACAAAUAGCUGUUUAAGUUUUUGACACACUUCUCAUACGUAUUAAAUAUGUACAUACAUUUUGUACAUUCUGAACGAGAUAAUGUUUAGAACAACAUGACAUAUACAAUUUCCCCCUAUAAAAUAUUGCAGUGAGGCUUUUUUUUUCUCCUUACCUACUGGCACAUCUCUAUAGUUUAAGUGAUCCUGAGAACAAUGAUUUGGGUUCUUAAAGGAAAACCUACGAAUCGAAGGAUUUUUAAAGUUAUGUUUAUUCAGCAAAUAUCUGUUUGUAAAGUCCAAGAACUGAAAGUACAAAUACAGUCUAUUCUGGCUCCCUGACAUUCACUGUUAUAAGCACUGCCCUCUGUGCCUGUCAGCAAACAGAGGGACAUAGAUAAAAGAGAAGACUCCAAAGCAAUGUUUCUGUUUCUUCUCACAGAGUGCCUGCCACUGGGCUGAACUGGACUGUGAUGUUCAUUGCUAAACCCUAAUAUACAUUUAAAGUAAAACAUCCGUCAAAACAGGCUAGCACAUUUUUUAGGGGAUUGUCAAUGUUAUUUUUUAUGGUUAAAAUGGCCCACUAUGGUCAAGUGUGCAGUGGUCCUGUUCCAUGGUAAGUAGUUAAACCAUUUUUAGAUAGUUUGAUGCCUACUUUGCCUGGGAGUUUCCAUUUCUGCUAUCUCGAAAGCUGAAUUCCCCUGCGACAAGAUAUAGUUGAUUGGCUGAGAAUGUCAGCAGAUGUUUUCAGCCAAUGAUUUCCAUCUAAACACAAGUGGGUACUGUCCUUUGUGCACUACAGUAUAAGGAAGGGUUAACCAGGCAGCUUCUAAUAGGCUGAAAGCACCAGCUGACACUUUCAGUCUAUCAAUGGAUGUCCAUUGAGAGAAAUAGUACCUAGCUGAGAGGAACUGAAGCCGGGUGGUAACAGAACAAUACAGCUCAACAUAGUUGUUCUGGUGUGUAUAGUAUGUCCCUGCAGGCUUAAACACUUUUCAAAGUAAAGGCAGUAUUUACAUUACUGUCUAGUAACACCUCUACUGGCAGUCACUCAGACGGCCACUGGAAGUGCUUCCUGGUCACAGUGUGCAGCAAUGUCGUUCAGCGUCUCCACACUCUGAAUGUAGACCCCGAAUAUUCCCCAUAGAGAUGCAUUGAUUGAUUCCUGAUUGAUGCAGUAGUUUUGCCGCGCAUGCACAUUAGUCUCCAAAUACAUCACUAUGGGACAAGCCACAAGGAGACCCAUGCAGCGCAGGAAAAAAGUAACAGUGGGGGGCUUAAUGCUGUAUUACACCUAUAGUGUCAGGAAGACGCAUUUGUAAUUUAAAUAGUUAUUGAUGAAAGAGUGACUAAAGACUUCUUACCUUCAGGGGUUAAACAGUUUGACUACAGGUUAACCCAAAGGUUAGGGCUCCAGCUUCUCAAGUUCAGGUUCAUGAUUUUGCAAUUGACAGUUUCAUGGAACCGCAGACAAAUAUUUUAUCCAUACCAAAAAAUUCAAAGACAGUAUCCAACUUUAGCAAUCUGUAAAGGAAUUCUCAAGUCACUAUUAUGUCACUACAGUCAACAGAUCAGUAUGGAGCAGUGUUUUUGUACCGACAAUCCAUUUCUUUAGAACAAGUAUUAUCCCGUUUUCCUAAUGUUAUAUUUUUAUUUUAACCCCUUAAGACCUAGAGUUUGAGACAAAUCCCUUAUAACAAAACAAACAAAAUUGGGCAAGUUAUACUGCAGUUAUCAGAAACAAAAGCAGUAUCCAGUAUUGCAAAUUGCUUUAACCCCUUAAGGACCAAACUUCUGGAAUAAAAGGGAAUCAUGACAUGUCACACAUGUCAUGUGUCCUUAAGGGGCUAUGCACAAAAGCUUACAGAAAAUCACUUUUGUUACAGGAAUGACCAUCCCUGAAGAAGAUGCAGAGCUGGGACAAGGGAGCAAGUACUGUCUGGUUGCUAUCGGGAGACUGCAGGUCUGCAUACAUCUAUAAACCAUUUUUAUUGAGUGAUAGUCAUCAUUGCUUAUUCUGGCAUCAACCAUUUAAAAUGGGCAAAAUAAUAAAUAAAUUGUUUGAGAGAUGAUAUAGAGCAAGUGAAGGGGGCAAAGGUAGAUCCCCAGAUGUUUUGAACUACAACUCCCUUGAUGCUUUGCAUGCCUUUAUAAUGUCUUUACAAUGACAAAGCAUCAUGGAAGCUGUAGUUUUAAAGCAUCUGGAGAUCUACCUUUUGGCCACCCCUGAUAUAGUGUAUAGACUAAUUGCCAAAUGUACAGAAUGUUACAGAAAUAAAGCACAAUUAAUGUUGUGCUGUUCCAAAUAAUCAUGUUAACUGUCAUUUUACAACAUCUGAGGAUCUACUUUUUAACCCUUUCCCCUCGACUGUCUCACAGGGUGGGACAUUUUAAUUUUCUCAUUCUGAUCGUAUGACUGUCCCACCUGGUGGGACAUAUUAGUAGCAUUCAAGUUUGAUGAUCGUACGGCUCACCCAGAGGGACAUAACGUUAUCAGAUAGGCGACUUGAAAAAAACCCCAUCACAAAGUGAUUUCUAUAAAUAAAUUUGGCAAAUUUGGUGAACGGCACUGAAAUUUUAUCCGAGUGGAAAGGGUUAACCAUCCCUGAUUUGCCUUUAUUGAGUUAAGACAGAAUAUAGAAGCAGACUCCUUCAUGUGACAUUCUAGACAACAUUACCACUUCACUUAAUUGAAGUAGGAAUGAAGUCUGGAGUCGUCUGUAUUAAAAAAAUGACUGAGGGUCCCAGGCACCCACAGCUCUGUCAUCUCCGUUGCUCGGGAUAAUGCUUUGCGUUAGCCUGGCAAGUAACGGGCAGGGAUUUUAGGCUAUUAUUAUACAAUAUAUCUAGACACUGUAUCUUUAAGGAUAUUUACCAUAUAUGACCUAGAACCUAGGUUUGCUUAUUCAUUUUAUUUCGCAGCUGUUUAAGUACUCCCCCUAAGUAUUAAUAUUCAGCUUUUGUUCCACUUUUCUACUAUUUUGUAUGAUGACAAUGUUUCUUGUGGCAUGGCUUUACUUUACUGGGACAUUAGCAAGAUACUGUUUGAGGCUUUUUAAUCUUUAUGUACAAUCUUCCUUUCUCUUUUUUUGUUGCCUUUACUAUUAAGGACUAAUUCUCGGUCUGGUUUUUUUUUUUUGUCUCUUACAUUCAUAGACUCUAAGGUGUUUUUUUUUUUUCUAAACACCUUAGACACACCCAGGUAAUCCCUAAACCCUGGACUGGUAGGGGGUCCUGAGGACUAACGUUGAGAACCCCUGCUUUAGUGAUUUCAACUUCUACAUUAGCUACACCCUUUCAGAGGAGCCACAGCACCCAGGGACCCACAUUCAGUGUCAGCCCAUCAUAAAGGGUUUAACACAACAGUGGAACAACGCCAUGGGGUUGUUAUGGUGCCUAGAGUGUGCCUUUAAAUUAUAUAAUUUAUAUCAGUACUUGUUCAUCUUUUUACAAACUUUAUUAACAUGUGUGGUGAAUGAGAUCUACUGUAGGCCAUUUUCAAGAGUGCUGUAACUAAGGCGAGAAGAAAUUCACCCAUUUUACGCAAGAAUUCCUCCUUUAUAUACUCACUAGUGUAAUGACAUGGUUUUAUACUUUUUGUAUAAUCUAUGUUAACACUAAUUACCACUCUUCCUCUAAAGCAGGUCACGUCUGAUUUUGUUCAGUACGUUUUCUAACCAUUUUUCAAUAAAUUGGUCUAGAACUCUGUUGUUUUUUUGUUCAUUUGUUCCUGAUUCUGGUGUUCUCAAUCAUUUCCACUGCAGGCAAUCACUCUCCUGCUGCCAUAAUUUAUUACAUGCAUGGCCUGAUUCACAGCCGAUGUUUACAAUGUAAAUAAACUCAAAAAGUAUAACAAGCUAUCCCGCAGGUCACAAGUUCUCCUGGGUGCGUGGACAUGAAUGGAAUGUCUCUUCCAACUGAAUUCUUAUCACGGCACAGCACGGAUGGAGUCAUCACGUUUGUAGACCCCCGGUGCAUCAGUGUGAUUGGGUAUCAACCACAGGUUAGCAUCAGAGACUGCCCCACAUCUGUAAUGUUUCAAAAACGGAGGGCUAGGUUUAUGUUUUUUUGUGGUAUGGGUUCUCUUGUUUGUACUAAAAGGACUGCUUUUAACAUGUCAACUUACUGUUUCAUGGUCUGUUUGUUUGAUCAAACCUUUUCUGUUUUUAUUGUCACGGCCUGCUUGCUCUAGCAUUGAAGUGGGUUAUAUUUCAGCUCUAAUUUCUCUGGAAUGUUUAAGAUCCUGAUAGAUAUACGGUUUGCGACGUUGUUGGCAAUCCAAGGGAGACUAAACAGCUUUCUGUGUCUGCCUGUCAUUCAAGUGUAAUUAUUGUCCCUAAUUUUCCAGAUUUGCAGACUUUAUUGGAGCUAUAAUUCUAUUUUUUAAUUCAUAACUCAUGAAAAGAAUGACAGAAACUACUUUUCUAGGAUCCUUAAGCAGAGGAUCCUAAUAACACCCAUUCUCAUGCUAUAUAGACUUUGAAAAUAUAUUAAGGGUUUAUCUUUGCAUGUUUGAGGUAAACAUUCUGUUUUGUGGCUUAGUGGCUUAUUUUUUUCAUUUGGCGGGGAGGGGAAGGGUGAGGGUUACUCUUUACAUUAUUUACAUGACCUACAAGUAAUUUAAACUUCCCCAGCCUGAUAGAACCUGCAGAGAUGUAGCACACUGCUAGCCCUUCUCCAAGGAGACAAUAGUCAAAUCAAGGUCAUUUUGAAAAAGAGUUUCAUAGAUCAAGUCCAAAAAAUAUUAAGGAAUGCUUGAAAAUAAUAUUAAAUGUAAUAUUUGUCCCACCCAAGGAGCAGCAUUCAUAACCAGUUUAUAUCUUGGAUGAUCUGGAUUCCUAAAGUCUAGGAACACAGAGAUCUAAUUCCCCCUGGUUCCCACUUGCAUCUAUUACUGUUUAUCAUCCACAAAACCUCCUACCAGAGCGAAAUGCUAUAUACCUGGAGGGGACUAACAAAUGAUAUUCCUCAUGGAUGCGUAGUUGUGGCACAUUUAGUUAUUCAUUCCCAUUCUUGCCGUGCUCUUAUUCACAGAUACAAUAAUAAUAAUAAUAAUACAUUCUUUGUUUCUGAUAAGAGGAAAGAACAGAACACCUUCCUCUGGCGUAUUGCCCAGUUGCAUUUUAUGUAGAUAUUAUUCCCCUGUAUUGAUAAAUUCUAAAGUGAGGAACAAUGUGCUAAAUCCUAUUAUAUCUGUGCAUCAAAUUGAACAACGUAAUGUCCUUUAACGUACUGUAUUUGCAACAACAUAUUCUGUUUUCAGUUCUAGAUUGAACAAAAUAAAAUUGCUUUUUUUCUAGGACCUCUUGGGAAAGGAUAUCAUAGAGUUUUGUCACCCAGAAGAUCAAAGUCACCUUCGGGAAAGUUUCCAACAGGUAUGACUUCUCCGUUCUCAUAACAGAAUAACUCUCAUAAAGCAUGAAAGGCUAAUGUAUGAUUUAAACCUAUUUAGUUGCUCUUUUCAGGUUUAGCUAUGUUAGUUGUUUUCUCUAUCUGCCAGUGCUGGUUACGUGCAACACAGUUCUUUAAUUAGUGUCUAAGUGUAUUCUAUGCUAGCACAAUCACUGCUUCUCGCUACUCCUGAAACUUGAUUUAUCCAAUGGUCCUAAACAUACCAAGGCUGUGUUGUAAAUAACAAUUUCUUGUAACAAAAAAGCAUGAGUUUCUUUGUUUUUAAUUGUACUAACUUUCUAAAAGGUAAUGCCUUCUUACAGAGGGCUUAAGGUAGUCAAUGUCACCUUGAGCCCACACCUCAAGGUCAUUGCAGUGGCAAUACUUCAUAUAAAGAUAGUUUGUGGGUUGAUUGUUUACUCACCCUAGAUAUUCAUGUAAGUCGAUAUUCCAUACAGUAUGAUAAUGCAUUGCAUCUACAUGCUUAGUGUUCACCCUUUCACACUCUUCCAACACUUUCGUCUUAGGUUGUGAAGCUGAAAGGACAGGUGUUGUCAGUGAUGUAUCGUUUUCACACCAAGACGCGGGACUGGAUGUUACUCCGCACCAGCAGUUUUACUUUCCAAAACCCAUAUUCUGAUGAGAUUGAGUAUAUUAUAUGCACCAAUACUAAUGUGAAGUAAGCUCCUUUGGAUGUACCAUUCUACCAUGUCUAUUGUAGCUUUGCUCAUAGAAUAGCAAACCCACACACGCCUCCAAUGUCAUAGGACAUUACAACAAGCUUCACUGGAAAUGUAGCAUCAAGUAAUUCAUAUACAGUAACUUGUCCUGCUCUAUAGUGGAGUUUUGGGAUCAUAUUGUCAAACUAAUUGUCAGGUUCCAGUGUAGAUCAUUUGUUUAUUAAUUCCCCAGUAAGCAAAAGUUACUGUUCAUGUUUUUAAAAAUAUUAGUUUUUAUCAUUCUGACUAGUACUAGUAAUAGUUGCUAUGUCCAUAUAUUCUAUGGUUGUAGUUAGAAAUUUCAGAGUAACAGAAUGGAAACCUUUGUUGGGAAAAGACCCCAGUUGAAAUUGACUCCUUAGUCAGUACUUUGAUGAGAAGCUCGUAAUGGUACUUGUUCUGAGCCCUUGUUGUGUUACAAAAGACAUUUCAUGUGACGCAUAUUAUGUCCAAGGAAGGGCAAUGCCUUAUUGCCUUUUAGCAUUUUCUCAGCUGUUUCUAUCUUCCUAGGCAAGUACAGCAGCAACAGGCUGAGAUGGAGGUUCAUCCAAGGGAUAGUUUGUCCUCCUAUGACCUAUCACAGGUGGGUAUUACACAGAUAUGACUUUUUCCUUUCCACCCAGAUGUGUUUCUUGAUGUGUGAUCUUUAUUUGCCUUUUAUACUCUGCAUGCCUUGUGUCAUUACAGGUGUCUGUGCCAAGCCUUGCAGGCAGCGUUCACGAAGGGGGGAAAUCUGUAGUUGAUAAGCCGGAUCCCAUCUUUUCCCAAGACCGUGACCCCCGCUUCGCUGAGAUGUUUGCUGGAAUUACAGCCUGUAAGAUAUGGAUAGUUAAUUUGCCUAGCUGUGACCAGGCAUCAUGUACAACCACUUUAGCAUCAUUUGCUUUUUCAGUAUUAGAAAGUCAAAGUUUAAUUCCAAUUGAAAUAUUUUGUCCCAUUCAUUUUUGGGCAGUGAGUACAUUUAUAUGUUUUGAAUGUUUCCUCUUAUUCGUUUAUGCUGCCCAAAUACAGCUAGGUGUCAUUGUUUCUUAGUAUCUUAACGUUAAGAAUACCAGUCAUCUUUAUUCAAACUAAGGCAUAUUUAUUGUGUCUCAAGGGGCAUUACAUGUUCUCAGAUACCCACCAAGUUCAGAUGAGGACAGGUCAGGGUACUGAGCUGAAUUUACGAGCCCCAGGGAGCCUGGUAAUAUGUGUGUUUUCAAUAAAUACUUAGGUAUGUUUGUAAAUGUACGACGAGGGUCAAAUGAAUUGAAGAUUGAAAAGGAAUUUAAUGUUAACUGAUCCAAAGUACCUCCUGCGAGUCUGCCUGUCGCCACCAGCACAUAGUUCUAGGAUUAAAAAGGGUCUAUGUCUCUAAAAAAAAUUAGAGAUGUUGUCUCAAGCCUUGAGGCCAAAAUGCUCCUUUUGAAGUUGAAUGUUGAUUGGUGAGGAUUUCAGGUAAGUAUUGGCCUGAUUUAUUUAGCAUAGCAUUUCUACUCCUUUCAGAGACUUCUAUAUUAUGGGUUUUUUCUGUAUAAUGUAGUUUGCACUCUUAGUUACUUCUCUGUUUUUCCUAUUUGUCUUGUUCUUUAGCUGAGAAGAAGAUGUUGUCCGCAUCUGGCAGUGGAACUCAGCAACUCUACUCAACGGGCAGCCCCUUCCAGCCAGGACACAGUGGCAAGUCAUUCAGGUAUCAAGAUGGACGUAGAUUACACAGACGACAGUACAAAAAUAUCUCUCCAGGUCUGUGAUUUGAGUGUUUAUUGUUACAGCUCCUCCGUGGUCCAUGUCACUGGAGUAAAUGAAAUCCAGUCUCCAACAGGCACUGGGCAGAAUUUAACCCAGAUAUCUCGUCAGAUUAAUGCUGGGCAAGUCUGGACAGGAAGCAGACCUCCAUUUCAGGGGCAGGUAUAAAGAUUACAUUAUAUUAUUGUGUUUAUAGUAUCCAUAGCUGUGAGACUAUACUAUAAAUUUGUUUUGUUCUUAAUUAAGUUUGUCAUGUUGAUAUGACGUUUCAGCAAAUCACUUCUCAGUCCAGUAAAGCUCAAUCUUCUCCCUUUGGAAUCGGAACAAGCCAUACGUAUACAUCAGAUCCUUCUACGUACAGCCCACUCUCGAGUCCUGCCACCUCAUCUCCUAGUGGGAAUGCCUACUCUAGCUUAGGAGGACGAGGUGCUGCAUUCAGUAAGCAUACUUUUCUUAACUUUAGUCAUUGACAUCAUGAACUUAUGAAGACAGAAGUGUUUACUUUGGUAGUAUUCUUAGAAAGUUUUUAAGUUUUUCAUAUUCGCAAAUCACAUUUCAUUAUACACUGUACGUUAUUCAAAUUGGUGCGUGAAGCUAUUGAAGGGGACAUUCUACGGAAAUCUUUAAAACACAGAAACAUAAUUGUGAUAAUCUUUAUAGAAUUUAAAAUAAAAUAAAAAAUUAGACAAAGCAAAAGUAAAUAUGCUCACCCAACAACACUGCUAUUUUGUGAUUAUGUUGUUACCAAUAAAUAAAUCACCUGUUAUUGUUCAAAUUAAAAAAAGUAUUACUCGAGUUUAAAAUUUCUAAACCUAUUUUAAGAUAAUUUUUACACUAAAGUUUCAAUAAAUUGCAUACGUAUUGGAUCUUCUUUCGCCCCUACAAGAUUUGCCAACGUUGUACAAUAGUUUGUAGGAUGGCAAAUGUAGAUUUGAUUCUGUACAAUUCAGUGGCAUGCUUGGAAGGCAGACAGUGUUACAGUACUUAUAGUAUUUGGAGCACUUGGUGCAGUUUGGUGUGUGUCCCCCUUUAGUUUCCCACUUCUGGUCAUAGGGUCUCUCUAUUAACAUGCAAAUAGAUUCCACCAAAGCUGGACUCAAAGUGUUCUCUCUAGACGUCCUGCUCAGUGAGCUCUAGCGUGUGUUGAUGGGCAGCUGGAAGCUAAAAUGAGCUGAGUUUGAUAUUUAUGGAUAUUUAUUUAAGCUACUGAACAUAUGCUGCUUGCUUUCUGUAAUUCCAGUUUUUAAUAUAAAUUGUCCUAACCAACACAAUGAAAAUAUAAUUAUGUUAUGAGACUUCAUGGGUACAUGCAUUUAACUAGAUCAGCAGAUCUACUUACACCUAGCCAGUUCUUUUUACAUCACAUUGAUACAGUCUUUGAUAGCUAUGGUAACAUGUUCUAUGUCUUGCAGCUGAAACAGGACAGAGCAGUGGUCAGUUUCAGGGCCGAGCGUCUGAGGUCUGGUCUCAGUGGCAGAGUCAGCAUCAUAACCAGCAGAGCAAUGAACAGCAUUCGCACCAGCAGCCAGGACAGGCCGAAGUUUUCCAGGUAAUAACAUAAAUGCUCUUAUUUAGAAGAGCAAAUAUCUAUUGUAAUCUAGACGUUUUAAUGAGAUACUAACACUUGUUAACUUAUUACAUUGAAUGCUUUAUCCCAUUACACAUACUAUUUCAGUGCUCUAUAAAAUUACUACGGGUGAUGUACAAUAAAUUACUGUUUACAUUCCUUAUGUGCACAGGACAUGCUACCAAUGUCUGGAGAUCCCACUCAAGGCACCGGUAAUUAUAACAUUGAAGACUUUGCUGACUUGGGGAUGUUUCCUCCAUUUUCUGAGUAAUCUCUAAAGAAGCACAUCAUCCUUUUCUCUACGUGGCUUACCAUAUAUCAGCUUUGUAACUGAACAUCGGUGGGGAAAGAUGUGGUUGGUCCAUCUGUGGGAUGGUAACACGCACCAUAGGUGACAGGAGUUUGUAGUGUUUUCCUUAAAUCAGCAAUUUACUUGUCUGAGAGAAGUAUUGGGAACUUUUCGAAAGCCACAGCAGAUUCUUGCACCAAAGUGAAGGAAUUAUUAUGAACAUUCAUGGACUGCUCCACCUUUUAUCAAAGUACAGUCUUAACCGUUUUCCUACCUGGCCUUCUGGCAAGAAUUGGUUAGAUCUGUAUGGCAAGUUAUUUGUAAAUCAAAACAUGUUACUAUUACAUAAAUUAACAACAGAUGACACACUCAAUACCUUAUGAAUAAAGAAUAAUUGACUAGAUGAACUUCGUUAAGAUUAUUUAAGAGAUGUGAAUCAUGUCCAUAGGAGGACUUCUCACUCCCAGAGUUUGUAACGGACCUCACACUGUACACGACAGCCUUUCUCAGUCCCACUAGCAGGAGUGUUUUACUUUCUCCUCUAUCAUCAAUAAUCUACUCAACUCUUCUGAAGGGGACUGCUCAUUUUAUGUUCUGUGAUUCACAAACCCUGCGUUGUAUUUCAUUAGGGGAAGAAACUGAGCUUAUUUAUAAUCAAGAGAGUUGAUGUUGAACCCCGUUCUCUGUCUCUGUCUCUGGCUCUUUAUCUCUUGGAGAGAUUAAUUUUCUGGAGCUUUUUCCUGUCCUGAUGCAAACAGGGAAGUCUUCAUGUAUUGUCAAUGUGACCUGUCUUGGUUACUAAUCUGUCCAGCUAAUAUGUUGUUGUGAACAGUAACGUAUAAAUUGUGUAUUUUGUACUACUGAAUGUCUUGUACUAUUGUUCAUUGCAGUGAGCAUUGCAUAGCUAUGCUCUCUUUUGCUGAUGUCAUUUCAAUAAAGGCUGACUCCGGUUUCUAUGCGUAUCUGAAUUUUUUUAAUAGUUGUGUUAGUUGGGCUACUUAAUGAGAUUUAAUAGUAAUGCAAGGAUUUUUAUCAUCAGAAAUUGAUUCAGAAAUGCUAGUGAUUUCAGAUGACAUGAUGGCAUUUCAUAAGUUGAGCCUGUUACAUAUGUUUAGGCAACAUAUCUCACAAUAGGCUGUAUUUUUCCAUUCUGUUCAGUGAUGUCCUUUAGCAUUAACAUAACCAGUGAUGUACUGUAGCUACCUGUAUCAUUGUGACUAAUUGAUGCAGUUUGAGGAGAAAAUUAGUGAAUUAACAGCUUACUAGCAGAUAGCUAGGGUUUAACUCCCCUUCUUUACAAGUGGUCACAUGACAUCUUGACUGUCCUCUAAAAUCAUCUGUGUUAAAGGGGUUUGUUCAUUAAGCCCAUAUGAUUGCAAAGUUUACAUUUUGUUUUUUAAGCCUGAGCAACCACAUUUAUAAAAAAUAAAGCCGAUUGUGGCUAAUUAUUUGCAAUUGACUUGUGUGUAUUUAGACUUUACAAAGGUUCUAAUAAAAGUAAAAACAUUCCUUACUUCAUUUAUGUAUCAGUCUCCCCCACACCUUUAUUUAGCACCAUGUCUCGUUAAUAAUUGGAAUUUUGUUGUGGAUAUUUUUAAUGCAUUGAAUGUAUCUUAUAAAAUUGUUUUAUUUGUACAGUCACAGUGCAUGUCAUCUUUUUGUUUCUAUAAAGUCUAAUUCAAAACAUCCCUCCUUCAAAAUGCUAAAUAUAAUUUUAUCACAUAUGAUGGAUUGCGUGCAAAUCACUUUAAUUAGACAAAAGUGAAACUUUCUUAACGCGAACUGUGGGAUACAAAGUCCAAGAAGGAAACCUAUCGGUCACUUGCUACCAAUAUAUACAAGAAAUAUACAGAAAUAAGAUGCUAAUCCUAAAAUUUCCACAAUUUCACAUAAUUAAUAGUUUUAUGGAGGAAUUGUUAACUAAAAUGUAGAACUUUAAUAAUUCAAGUUCAGAUGCACUGUGGACUAAGGGACAGGGCCGGAUUAACAUAGGGGCUGAUGGAGCUGCAGCUCCAGGCCUAAGCCCAUAGAAUAGGCCCAUUGAUUUAAAUAAUAAAAUACUCUCUCAGUGUCCCCAUGUCUCCCAACAUAAAAGAAAAAAACUCAGGCUCUUACUGUGAUAGAUUUAAGCAGGUUUAUUGGACACUGCAACGUUUCGACCUGUACCCAGGUCUUUAUCAAGUCUCCAGUGUCCUCUAUGUAUCACAGUGUCCCCUAUGUAUCACAGUGUCUCAGUGCCCUAUGUCUCCCAGUGUCCCUGGUGUCUCUCAGUGUCCGUAGUGUCUCAGUAUCCUUAGUGUCUCAGUGUCCCCUAGUCUCCCAGUGUCCCCAUGUCUUACAGGGCCCCAAGUGUCUCAGUGUACCCUAGCAUAAAAUAAAAAAUCUCAGGCACUUACUGUGAUAGAUUUAAGCAGGUUUAUUGGACACCAAAACGUUUUGACCUGUACCCAAGUCUUUAUCAGGUCUCCAGUGUCCUCUAUGUAUCACAGUGUCCCCUAUGCUCCAUGUCCCCCAGUGUCCCCUCAUUUCUCAAGUUCUCACCCAGUUUUCGAAUAGCUGCAUCCAGCACCAUCUCCAUCAAAUACAUGAUGCUUGGGAGGUAGUACUGUUUUAGUAUUUUUGGUCAAUAAGAUUUUGUAAUUAGGCCCAUCAUAAUUGUCACAAAAGUGAAACUUUCUUAACGCGAACUGUGGGAUACAAAGUCCAAGAAGGAAACCUAUCGGUCACUUGCUACCAAUAUAUACAAGAAAUAUACAG